AUGUCUGCAACCAACCAACCAACCCCAUCAUGUCUGCAGCCAACCAACCGGCCAGCCAGCCGGCCAACCAGCCAGCCAACCAACCCCAUCAUGCUGCAACCAACCAGCCAACCAGCCAACCAGCCAGCCAGCCAACCAGCCAACCAGCAUGUCUGCAAUGCAUGGAAUAAAUUCAUAGCAGACAAUACCUGUUUGAUAACAUUUUGUACAGUAUGUCUUUAUUCAAGAUCAAUAGGUCUUACAAGCUUUGGUUUAGCGAUGUUUUAAAUGCUAUUUCUCGGUGAUAUUAUACCCCAGACAUUCACCUCAAAGGGUCACUCAUCACACCCUGUUCAGGUGCUUUGGACCAUUCUGUCUCUCAUGUAGCAUACAUAGGCCUACAGACCAAAGUACUAGAAACCAUGAUGAAAGCAAAAUUGAUUGAAUGCAUUUAGUCCAUUUGUAUAAGAAAUAACACAAAGGUUAUACAAAUCGUGAUUAGAUUAGAUUCAUUGUCACUUUUCUGUUUAUUAAUAAUAGAUAAUAUUAGUUAUCUUAGAAAAGAUUUUUAAAACAAAUUGUUGGUAUUAUUCUCAAGCUGUUUACCAAGGAGGUUCAGAAACAGUGUUUCCUCUUCAUUGACAUUACCAUUGAUGAUAUCUCUUGCUUGCGGUACCAUCCAAUAAAGCAACAUUAUUCCAGGACAGAUUGACUGUUGGUGUGUUUCCAACAUUUUAGAGUGAUGUAUUACAAGUAGCCUAGGCCUAUUUUUAUGGAUUAUGAGUGCAUACAAAGGUGUAACUUCAAGUUUCAUUUUAUGUAAAUUAUAAUACACUUGAAAUGAAUAUUCGGUAUAUAGCCUACAAGAAAACAUGCGGAUCAUUUAUCACACAUAGCCAUACUCAGAUACUGUAAUGAAGUAAUACAAUACUGUAACACAGUACGCAUAACUACAGUAUGGACUACAGUUCCCACCAACCUUUGCGCCCAAGCAGGACGAACGUUCGUAAUAUAGGCCAAUGGCACUCACUGUCUGAUCCAAGUUAGGAGCUUUCAGCUGCCAGCCGUGGCCCAUUAUGUAAGUGCCGCUGAGAAUUAUUUGCAGUGCCAUUGCAAAACUACCCGUUUCCUGACCGUUUUGCAAGGUGUGCAAUUGUAAUAUUGCUCUUUGCACGGACACACACGGUUCAGACGCAAAAAGGCUCCAAGUGCAUGAAGAUCGCGGCUUGUAUUCUGCAAGCAAGCUUCGGCGCGAGGGCGAUGGAGGGAGGGAGUGAGAAAGAAGGCAAAGUCUCUAGUGCAUCCCCUCCCCCCCAUCAAAGCAAAGGGGAAAUGUCUCAGCCAAAGGGAGGUAAGAAUAUUACAUGCGAUCUGUGCAAAACGACUGAUCUGCAAUCAGCAAUGCAUUGUAUGCAAUGUGCAUUGCUGCAGGUUGGAUAUUGUCAAUGCAUGUUAAAGUUUGAUGCGCUAAAAGGGUCAGUUGCAUUUCCUGUUUAGCUCUUCCCCUUUGCAGAGUCCCUGGUGAGACGAUGCUGUCUGUCUACUCUCAACAUAUAGUAGUUAAAUGUUUUUUGCUCAUGUUGACGGUAUUUGCAGUCCUCUUGUACCAGGGAUGUUAUAGCCUAGUUAAAGCUGUUACACAGUCAACAACUCCCUGUAGACAUAUUGCAACGCCUUUAUAUAAAGCAUGUACGAUCACAUGCACAUUUCGACGAGAUGUUGCCUUUGCAAGGUAAUGAAUCAAAUGCAUUUAUUUCAGUGCAUCGAUUAACCGCAUAACUGUAAACUUUGCUAUUACAGUGCAUGCGUUUUAAGCAGGGAGUCGGGGGACACGAUCACAAUAUGACAACAUGCAGCUGUCAAUUGGUGAAGUUCAGUUUAAAUGGCUUGGAAAAUCACACUUGAGUUCUAAAGACAAUUUUAUUAGUUGCAGUUUUGUUUUCACUGUCAGUGGCGCAUAAUGGACAUUAUUGGGGCGCCUAUAGACCUAGCUAGUGGCUGAGCUUUGUUCCUACAGCAAUAUAGGUAGACAUUUAAAAAGUAAAAAGCUAAAUAUAGAUUUGCUGUGUGUAAGUCUACUGUACUGAGGUGAACAGUUCAAGAAACAGGGUAAUGGGCUAUUUAAAAUACGAGUCUCCAAGCAAAACAUCCCUGCCACAUUCAGUAAGUAAAAGCUCAGACACACAGGUAGGAUUGCCAAACGGUUACCUGCUGACAGUAUUUAGCACCUAUGAUAAGUGUCUGCAGUCAAUCUCUUUUGUGUUCACACAGCAAAGACCUUGGAAGUUGUUAGCCACUCAGCCUUGUUAAAAUUCUACUAACCAGAAGGUGGCAGUAGAGUUGUUUGGCAACGCAUUGCCGUGCAUAUUGCUUAUGGUCUAUUCAAAGCUAUCUGCGCUAAUGUUUCUAUUUUGUAGAAAGCCCAUGUUGAUACUAGCCAGAUGGCCACAGCUAGAUAACUACCUAGCAAGAUGACGAAUAAAUUAUUUAUUUCACUCUCCAUAAUCCCACACUGCCAGUCCAGCCCAUAGUCAAAUGUUUAGCUAGCUAGCUAACGUUAGCAUAUUCGCUAGCUAGCACUACAUAGCUAGCUAAGGACACUGCACUAACUCGGCAGCUAACACAAGGCAGCUGUUUCAUGGAAACUAGCUAAUCCAUUGUGAUUGAAUUAUAAUGUCAAUACCGGCUACAGUGGUUAGCUAGCUUGGAGGAAGUAUUUAGUGUUGUGUGGAUUGCGUCUCUGCAUUUAGCUAGGUACCAUCCCAUAGCUACAUUGGAUAUGAAGUCUGACUGGCUCAUCUAUGGAUGUAUGGAGAAAAAAAAAUGCCUUCCUUUUUCGGCCCCCCACGUGGUUCGUGCUCUCUGAUUGGCUCAAAGUCAAGUUGUUGGCGAUUCUACAAGUAUAAUCAGUAGGCUCGUCGCUACCGGGUCAGCACGCAGUAGGUACCGCUUUUGUUGUAGCGAGAGAAGGAACGGCCCCCCACUGUAUUAAGUACCUGCAGUCUAUUGGCAGUGAGAUUCUCGCGUGUUUCAUUGCUGAACAGUUUCUCUCAAGGUGGACCACUGCACAAAGAGACAAUCUUCAGAAUCAAUCUCUAUAACCCUCUGGAAUGUAUUGCUAUUGAUCUCUGUUGUGCUUGAUUGAUCAAUGAAGGUCACUGAUCAAUUAGAAACUCCCCUCACCUGGUUGUCUAGGUCUUAAUUGGACACACAUUGCAAGGACAUGACAACAACCAGAAGACACUCGUCUCGUACCUCUAUGGAAUGAGUUUGACACCCCUGAUAUUUUCAGACAGUAUUUGCAUCUUUGAAAGUCUUGGUACAUGCAUGAGCGUUUUCACAACAUAGGCCUAAUUGUCCUGUUACUCCUAUCCAUCGAAACUCACACAUUGGAUGAUUAUGUUCAAUUUGUGUCCAAUUAAGACCUAGACAGGGGAGUUCCUAACUAACCAGUCACCUUACUUGAUCAAUGAAGAACAAGGGAAAAGUGAAAAUCCACAGACACUCAGCCCUCCAUGGAAUGAGUUUGACACCUAUGAUCUAAACCAUGCACAUGUCCCAUAGCUGUGGGCCCUACUACAUUCCUAAGGCCAAGGCAAACAUCUAUUUUGACAGAUCAUCAAGGAGAAAAAUGCAUAUGAUUUGAAUAGGAUUUGCAAAGCCAGGAGGGCUGUUAUUGGAUGUGUCCCAAAUGGCACCCUAUUCCCUAUAUAGUGCACUACUUUUGACCAGAACCCAAUGGGCGCUGGUCAAAAGUAGUGCACUAUAUAGGGAAUAGGGUGUCAUUUGGGACAGAACCAACUUCUUUGUCAUAGGAUUAUUGACAACAUGUAAACUAUAUUUAGUCUCCAAAUGUUUAUUGAAAACAUAAAUACAUUUGCACAAUAAGCACUUGUUGUCUCUCAAAUACAUCAUUACAGUUAUUAGUUAGUUAGCUAUCACAUUUUUGCCAUAUUAUCAGACGUGGUAUAAGUCAAAACGCCUAAAAACACUUCAAGAUACAACUAGCUGAAACAAGCCGUCUAUGAUUCCCCACAUGGCAGCUUCUUGUCAUUGUUUCUGCCAAUCUGAUCAUUCAGAAUCAUAAUACACAGCUUUCUACCCCUGCGAUGCAUACACACACACACACACACUCUCUCUGUCUGGCUGUGCAGGACAUGACCAGCUAGUGGCUCGCCCCUGAUUGGCAGCAAUGUUUACCUUUACCUGUGGGCUUCUGUCAAUAGAGGUGAAACGUCAACCCACACACACACACACACUGGAGUUGCAGCUAAUGGUUAGGCGUACGCUUUCUAUGUGAUUAAUACAAAGCCAUAUUUUCAUUUAUAUACUCGGCUGGUUUGGGACUUUUGCUAGAUUAAGAUGGAUCGCUGUAUUCACACUUGCAAAAUAAAACACCUGCAAAAUGGUUUAGACUGUAUUGACAUUGAGUAUUUGCAUUGUUAGAAGCACUGCACUCCAGACUUUUUAGUGUGAGCAUACCUUGCAGAUACAUGUUUUCUUUCCUUAGAAAAUGACUCUGGAAAUGGACUAAGGACUUAAAAGGAGGUCUGGAAAUGCAUAAAAAAAAACUCAUGCCAAAGAAUUUAUCAAGAAUUUGGAUAUUCUGCAAAUGAUACCGGCCCCUGCGUUAAUUCUUGUGCAAGGCAAGGUUAGACCUAGGCUACGGAUGGUGGCCGCCAACCUACACUUGCAUGCACUUAUCUUGCACAAAAAUGAUAGCAGGGGCCGGAGGACACAUCUAUUACAACGUGUGUUCCUGUAAUUACUGUCCCCUGUCAUGUCAGUAGGGACUAGGGAGUAAAUUAUCCUGUGAGUCUUUUAUUUUAUUUAAAUGUUGCAGUUUGGCCCAAAGACGGACAGUUGUGCUUUCAUCAUUGUCUGUUGUACUGUACUGUGCAGCGGCACUGGGGGAUGGUGACGGCAGCAAGUCAGCCAGCCAGUGGCCCUCUCAGUGCGUGUCCCUGUCCCCUGCAGCCUGUCAUUAUGAAGCCCAGCCUGGCCUGCACAAACACCCCAUUUGUCAUGCAAAUAGACCCUGCAUCGUUUUCAGCUGCACAGAUAGUAAAUUUGCUGUUUCGACGGGCCUAUUGUUGGUCCCGUUCCAAGCCUAUAGUGGCUUUCUGCUGCAAUAACAGGAGGAUUGUUCACUGCAUUGUUAGCUGAUGAUCCACUAAGUGUGUGCGUGUGCAGAGAUGGACAGUAUUUAUGUUACAUCUAUUUGAAAUACAGUGCCUUCAUAAAGUAUUCAUACACCUUGACUUAUUCCACAUUUUGUUGUUUUACAGCCUGAAUUGAAAAUGGAUUAAAUAUAUUUUUCUCUCACCAUUUCUACACACAAUGCCCCAAAAUGAAAACAUGUUUUUAUAAAUUUUUGAAAAUGUAAAUACAUAAAUACAGUACCAGUCAAAAGUUUGGACACACCUAUUCAUUCAAGGGUUUUUCUUUAUUUUGUACUAUUUUCUAGGUUGUAGAAUAAUAGUGAAGACAUUAAAACUUUGAAAUAACACAUGGAAUCAUGUAGUAACCAAAAAAGUUUUUAACAAAUCAAAAGUUUCUUCAAAGUAGCAACCCUUUGCUUUGAUGACAGCUUUGAACACUCUUGGUAUUCUCUCAACCAGCUUCAUGAGGUAGUCACCCGGAAUGCAUUUCAAUUAACAGGUGUACCUUGUUAAUUUGUGGAAUUUCUUUCCUUCUUAAUACAUUUGAGCCAAUCAGUUGUUUUGUGACAAGGUGGUGGGGGGGGGGGGGGGGGGGGGGGGGGUAUACAGAAGAUAGCCCUAUUUGGUAAAAGACCAAGUCCAUAUUAUGGCAAGACUAGCUCAAAUAAGCAAAGAGAAACAAUAGUCCAUCAUUACUUUAAGACAUGAAGGACAGUCAAUACGGAACAUUUCAAGAACUUUGAAAGUUUCUCCAAGUGCAGUUGCAAAAACCAUCAAGCGCCAUGAUAAACUGGCUCUCAUGAGGACCGCCACAGGAAAGGAAGACCCAGAGUUACCUCUGCUGCAGAGGAUAAGUUCAUCAGAAAUUGCAGCCCAAAUAAAUGCUUCACAGAGUUCAAGUAACAGACGCAUCUCAACAUCAACUGUUCAGAGGAGACUGCGUGAAUCAGGCCUUCAUGGUCGAAUUGCUGCAAAAAAACACUACUAAAGGACACCAAUAUGAAGAAGAGACCUGCUUGGGCCAAGAAACACGAGCAAUGGACAUUAGACCGGUGGAAAUGUGUCCUUUGGUCUGGAGUCCAAAUUUGAGAUUUUUGGUUCCAACCUCUGUGUCUUUGUGAGACGCGGUAUGGGUGAACGGAUGAUCUCCGCAUGUGUAGUUCCCACCGUUAAGCAUGAAGGAGGAGGUGUUAUGGUGUGGGGGUGCUUUGCUGGUGCUGGUGACACUGUCUGCACUCUUAACCAGCAUGGCUACCACAGCAUUCUGCAGUGAUACGCCAUCCCAUCUGGUUUGGGCUUAGUGGGACUAUCAUUUGUUUUUCAACAGGACAAUGACCCAACACACCUCCAGGCUGUGUAAGGGCUAUUUUACCAAAAAGGAGAGUGAUGGAGUGCUGCAUCAGAUGACCUGGCCUCCACAAUCCCACGGCCUCAACCCAAUUGAGAUGGUUUGGGAUGAGUUGGACGGCAGAGUGAAGGAAAAGCAGCCAACAAGUGCUCAGCAUAUGUGGGAACUCCUUCAAGACUGUUGGAAAAGCAUUCCAGGUGAAGCUGGUUGAGAGAAUGCUAGGAGUGUGCAAAGCUGUCAUCAAGGCAAAGUGUGGCUACUUUGAAGAAUCUCAAAUAUAAAAUAUAUAUUUUGAUUAGUUUAACCCUUUUUUUGUUACUGCAUGAUUCCAUAUGUGUUAUUUCAUAGUUUUGAUGUCUUCACUAUUAUUCUACAAUGUAGAAAAUAGUAAAAUACUUGAAUGAGUAGGUGUGUCCAAACUUUUUACUGGUACUGUAGAAUAUUUACAUAAGUAUUCACACACCUGAAUCAAUACUUUGAGUUUGCAAGAAAGGCAUUUCACUGUACUUGUGCACGUGACAUUAAAACUUGAGCUUGAAACUUGUAGAACCACCUUUAGUAGCGAUUUACAGCUGUGAGUCUUUCUGGGUAAGUCUCUGUAAUAACUUUCCACACCUGGAUUGUACAAAAUUUGCCCAUUUAUUCUUUUCAAAAUUCUUCAAGUUCUGUCAAAUUGGUUAUUGAUCAUUUCUAGACAACAAUUUUCAGGUCUUUCCGUAGAUUUUCAAGUAGAUUUAAGUCAAAACUGUAACUUGGCCACUCAGGAACAUUCAGUGUCUUGGUAAGCAACUCCAGUGUAGAUUUGGCCUUGCGUUUUAGAUUAUUGUGCUGCUGAAAGGUGAAUUAAUCUCCCAGUUUCUGGUGGAAAGCAGACUGAACCAGGUUUUUCCUCUAGGAUUUUGCCUGUGCUUAGCUCCAUUCCAUUUCUUAUUUUAUCCUGAAAAACUCCCCAGUCCUUAAUGAUUACAAGCAUACCCAUAACAUGAUGCAGCCACCACUAUGCUUGAAAAUAUGGAGAUUGGUACUCCGUAAUGUGUUGUGUUGGAUGUGUCCCAAACAUAACACUUUGACUCAAGACAUUUCAGCUUUUCAUUUUUAAUACAUUUGUAAACAUUUCUAAAAACAUAAUUCCACUUUGAAUACUUUCUAAAGGCACUGUAUGUAUUUCAAUUACUCUGAGUAUUUUGUAAUUUGUUUUACAAUGGGCUGAACUACACUCCAAUGUAUUUUGUAACAAGAUAUUUUCAAGAGCUGUUAUUUGUAUUUUCAAAACACUUUUCUAUACCAUUUCUUUGGCCCCCUUUCACCCUGCAUUUGUAUCAGAAGUUUGAUUGCACUAUGGUGUGAUAAGUGUCUGCUAAAUGAACUAAAUUAAAUUUAUAUGUAAAAAUGAACAGUUGCAAUGCAUGCUAAGUAUUCUUUUAAAAAAAUUUAUAGAAAAAUGCCUCCCCCUUUUUUCUCCCCAAUUUCUUCAUAUCCAAUUGCGAUCUUGUCUCAUCACUGCAACUCCCCAACGGGCUCGGGAGAGGCGAAGGUCGAGUCAUGCGUCCUCCGAAACAUGACCCGCCAAACCGCGCUCCUUAACACCCCCCCCGCUUGAUGUUAACAUCCACAGAGACUGGAAUUGAGCAAAUAUGAACUUAUCAUAGACGUUUGUACAGUACAACACAGUACAGUUAAAAGUACAGUAUAGUAUGUUGUACUGUACUGAACUAUACGGCACUGUACUGAACCCUACGCUACUUUACUCCACUGUACCAAACUCUACUCUACUGUACUGAACUCUACUUUAAUGUACUGAACUCUACUCUGCUUUACUGUACUGAACUCUACUGUACUGAACUCUACUGUACUGAACUCUACUGUACUGAACUCCACUGUACUGCGCUAUACUGAACUCUACUUUAAUGUACUGAACUCUACUUUAAUGUACUGAACUCUACUGUACUGUACUGCACUGCACUGAACUCUACUCUACUUUGCUGUGCUGUAUUGUACUGAAUUCUACUGUGCUGUCAUGUCCAAACUUGUGAAACAUGAGGAGAAUGACAUUCAUAUCCAUAACUAUGCACAGAUUAGGGACCCAUUAUGUAAUUCCGGUACGGUAAUUCCGUUACCGGGUGUAAAUCCACUUCACAUACUGUAGUUCAAUAACCAAAAUAUAUAUUUUUUAAACUCAGGGUGCCAUGUCAUAGCUGACACCCCAUUCUUUCUGCAGACAUCUUUUGAAUCUUAAUUCGGAGCAGAUAUUUUAACAGUUUUUGGAAAACGUGGUCGCGUAAACCUGAGGGGGAUUUUACUGUAAUUUCGUUACCAAAGUUUGCAUCUGCACAAAUCGUUUUUGUACAUUUUUCUGUGGAAAUUGUUAAAAGUAGUCCUUGUACAUAAAGUUGUAUGGUUUGUUAAACUUUGAAAUCAAUGUUUUUUGUUUGGCAUACAUUUUAAAGUUUAAAAAAAACGGUGUCAAAGCGCAAUUCCGUUGCCGUGGAAUUGCCAGAGACCACCACACCAAGCCAUCUGUGCAGGAUGAAGCUUGAUGCGUCAGGACAGUGGUUGGCAAAUAAAUGUCAACACAAAGUACAACGUAGUCCGACUGCAAUACAAGACAGUAGAUGGUUCCACAGGGUUAACAUGACACAUGCAUCUUCACGAGCCUUGAGCUCUCUGUGACUCUCUGUGUGCUGGAGCUUUGUGUGAAGUGGAGUGUGUGUGCCACGCUGCUGAAAAUGUGAGGAGCAUAAAUCUAGUCUCAUCUUCAUUCACCCUGCCCGUUAGCCACCCUGCGGUGCAUGUGAUCACAGCAGGUCUCCAGCAGUGUUUUCUCGCUCCCUGAUCUCAAAGGGGAAAAGGGUAAGAAGCCCUGCAUCUGCUUUGUAGCUCAGCUUUACUGCAUGUCAAGCAUGUUAAAAUAAUAAAAUCAAUGCAUCACGGCUGAAUCCUAACAUUGAUCUUGAAACCUCAUCAAGCUUCCUGAAUAAGCAAUUGCUCCUUACUCUACACGUCAUUGAUGUGGCUGACACCUUUUGCAUGCAUUUCUCCUGGCAUAACCUCCAUCCCUGCAACUAUAAUCCUACAAUUGUUUUUAUUUUUUAAUUAACCUUUAUUUUACUGAAGGGCCAUUUUUAGUAAAUCGAUUUCAUUUGUCUGAAGGGCUAUAGAGUUCAUGUAUGUUUCAGUAAAUCAAUGUCGUGUCUGAAACAACAUUUCUUGGUUCCUCUAUGGCUGCGUUUACACAUGCAGCCCAAUUCGGAUCUUUUGCCCAAUUUUAUUGUCGAGCUGAUCUGAUUGGUCAAAAUACCAAUUAGUGUUAAAAGAUCAGAAUUGGCCUGCCUGUGUAAACGCAGCCUUUCAAGAUCGAGGGUGAACUUUGGCUCCCCGGCUCUGCUGGAUGGAAUAAAUAGCCCUAGCCGUUGUCAUCGUGGCUGGAUCAAAGGUGUUUUAAUAUUAAAGCAUUCGGGUGGCGGUGCACUUAGCUGCCCCCUGCCUGAUUACCAGUUGGUUACCAGUUGGACCUUGUGCAAUUGACCAAUAAAGUGAUCUCUCUUAAAACCCCCAGCUAGCACACUGAGGAAAGGAAAGCAUGACCUCCCGCUCCUCCUGCAAAUUACUGCUCUCCGGUUACCACCGAGAGAGUGCAUGGCAUGCUAGCCGACAGUAACUGCAUCCCAAAUGGCACCCUUUUUCCUACAUAGUGCACUACUUAUGGACAAUCUGUGUACUAUAUAGGGAAUAGGGUGCCAUUUGGGAUGCUAUGACAGUACUCUGGAUGUGGGACAGACAAGCUGUCUGGAGGUGAAUAGACUUGAAUUUAAUUCCAGAUAGACAUUUUGUUUCAAAUUUAAAUGGUGAUUGGGAAAGUGCCUGGAUUUGAAUAAAAAGUGCUUUAUUUAUGUGAAACCCAGCUAAAGAGGAAUGGUGGUCUAACUCACCCGUUAACAACACCUGUUAGGGUUUUGUAAAUGUAAAAGAUGUCACGCUGCUUCCUUAGCGAGUACCGCCACUUCCUGCUUCGGCUCACACCGAAUCUCGAACCCAGGACUUCUGCCUUGCUUGCACCUAUGACCGCCCUCCUGAAACGUCUUACCAGUCUGCGCCAUGAGAAAAGCGAACUAUUCGCUGAUGCAAGUGGGGACACUAUAGGUUGAGGAGUACAUGUCACAUAAACAGAUCUCUGUCGACUCUCCAACCACUUGUGGUGUGGUGUGGUGUUGUGUUGAAUAAAACAUAGCACGUCACCUGGUCCACUUGGCACCAUAGAAGUAACUGGAAAGAAAUGGCCCUGCAGUUCCACAGAUUGUCAUCUAAUCUCGGGGACCAAUUCUUUGUUUUCUUCUUUCUGGACUAUAACACCUAAGCCUCUAACAUCCAGCCAAAUCCUCAUGCUGAAGCCUGGCCAGAUCAACCAGGCCAGUAGGCCUACAUCCUGCUGAAGCCUGGCCAGAUCAACCAGGCCAGUAGGCCUACAUCCUGCUGAAGCCUGGCCAGAUCAACCAGGCCAGUAGGCCUACAUCCUGUGGAAAUCUGCUAUGAGAGAGUUAGCAGGCUGCCACGCUUGGACUCAUAAAUAAUGCUAGCUCAUGUUAGGCUGCUACCAGGCCAACAACUGCUAUGGCAGUGCUUCCCUUCAUUUAUAAGUUAUCGACUUGAUCUUACUAUUGCCUUGGCCCAUUCUUCGUACUCUUGCAGGUGUACUAAAUAGGACAUGAAGAUCACAUGCCCCCAUAGUUGAGCAGUGAUCUCCUGUUGUAGUCAUGGAUGUUAAGUUAGCCACUAGCUAACCACUACUUAGGCAGGACAGAAGCUGAUACCCUAAGCAUGCAGAGCACUGCCGUCAGUAUGGUUUAAGUCAACCCCAGCCAUGUAGGAAGUGUAUAGCCAUGUGGCUACUGGUGAUGACAUGGUUCCCAAAAGAGCUUCACAAUAUAACAGCUGUAACCUAAUGGAUCUUUUUCUAUCUGACAUCUUUUGAAAGUGUAGGGUAUCUCACAAACUGCCAGGACGGUGAAAGUGUAGGGUAUCUCACAAACUGCCAGGACGGUGAAAGUGUAGGCUAUCUCAGACUGCCAGGACGGUCAGAAGUGGCAUAACAGCCUCUCGAGGAGUUAUUUUUAUCCCAUCUCUCUCUGUCUCUCUGCCCUGCCUCUGUUUCUCUUUUCCACUCCCUGGCUGCCCCCCCAUCUCUCUUUCCCUCACUCCCUCUCUGUCUCUCUUUUCCACUCCCUGGCUGCCCCCCCCCAUCUCUCUUUCCCUCACUCCCUCUCUGCCUCUCUUUUCCACUCCCUGGCUGCCCCCCCCCAUCUCUCUUUCCCUCACUCCCUCUCUCCUUCCCGCCAACCCUCUUGCGGAUGUCUGAUUCAUCCAUCUUCCUCUGGGUCUGUGUAAUUCCAUUGAGGGACUUUUGGGAUUGUUGGAAUUCCCGGCAUGCGUGUGUGUUUGGGUUUGGAAGAAUGAGCGGGUUGGUUGGUUCCGCCUGCUGUGAAUGCCACCCUGGGAUUAUCAUCAGCAUGGCUGGGGCUAGGCAUGGGCCUGCAUGGCUGCACUCUCACACCAAAGCUUUUGCUCCAGAUUCACAAUGCUCAAAGCACUCAGUCUCAGGCAGCCUUGGUUUCAACACCGAUCACUCUGGCAUAGUCCCCUGGCUGUUAGCAUGCCGUCUCUUACAGGACAUGUUUCCCUUGGCUUCGUUGAAAGCUGAAGGAAACAGAUUACUAGACCUGCUUGGUGGUAUUUCAUGUUAACAGUAGGUGGGGCAAAGACAGCUGGGCAAAGACUCCUUCAGUUGUCUUUUCUUUGCCAUUACCUUGGCUUCGGUACUUCUCUCUGGUAUUGUAGUUUUGCUAUCUUCACCCCUGAGCACAAAAUCUGGAGAGGGAGAAUGUGAUAAUUGUGAAUGUUCCAAUGAACCCCCAGAGGCUGUAAUCAUGAGAGAGAGCGAGAGAGGCAUCCCGAUAUAGAGUUCUUCUCCCCAGUGACCUCUCGCUGGCAUCUCACGACAUACUUGUCUUCAGCCCAUGUGCUGCAAAUAACUGGGAAUGAUGUACUACUUUUUAAUUAGGUUGCAAUGCAAAAUAAAGCUCAGGCUGCAUUGAAUGCUGAGAUCAGCGAGGAAAAAGCCUAAAGGGGGAGACUUUGUAUAUUUUAUUUGAAUUUGUGCAAGAUAAUGUGGCAUAACUUAAAACAGUGACCGCAUUUGCAUAGCUUGCCAUAAUUUCCUCUCACAGUUGUGAAAAUAUAUGACACAAGAAUUAUAAUGUUAGGAUGGCCUGUUGCAGAAGACCUGUUUUUGAGAUGAAAAUAUUAUAUUGGCUCAGGACAGACAAUGCAGCCUAUUAUCUUAUUCCUGCCAUGUACACUGUAAACUCUAUAAUCUAUUGAUUUAGUGAAAAAAAAUAUUUAACAGUUACAUAUAGAGAUAUUUAUUUUUGACAAUAUAGGCCUAUCGCAAUAUUAUUAUUGCGCUAGUUGGCCCAGCUGUACCAUGACUCCGGUAUUCUUCCUUGUGUAGCUUGUUCUCCAUCUCUUAUUUUUAAAUGGUGAGCCAAUAUGUUUUCAGCACUUUUUUUUAUUUCGAUGACUUAUCAAAACUUGUUUUCUCAUGGCUCUCUUUUUGUUCAGCUGCACGUUCCGUUUUGUUGUGAUUUUCCUCCACUUUGCGACAUCUUGACUCGUUUGGCUAUGCGUGACUGUGUGAGCGAAUGCAAAGGUAAUUCUAUUGGCGUGCAGCUCAGUGCAUGACUCUCGUUGUAUGAUGAGGAGUUGCUGCCCUUAUGCUUACAUGUCUCCCAUGCAUGCAAAUGUGAAUGAAUGUAUAGCCUACAGUAUAGGUAACAUGUUAAGUCAGUGUGCAAAGUGCACGCAGCAGGGAUCUCAGGGAGCUGUCAUGAUUGAUUUGUGUGUGUUUGGUCUCUGUGGACUGGAGAUGGAAGCUGUUGUCUUCUCCAUAGAGCAGAGCGUGCUGCGUCUUGUCCCAUCCCAUCGAGCCAGAGACUGGGAGGCUGAGGACCGUGGAGUUUUGCUGAAUCCCCCCUGUCAGCCUAGUAGCAUGGCAUGCAUAUUCAUGGAGAAAGCUUGGUGGUGCUUAACCAUAAUAACUACUGCCACCAGUUCUUCGUUUUUGGCAAAGUCCUUGUAAUGAACUGGAGAGAACCUGCCUGCAGAAUUCCUUGCCAGCCUGCCUGGUAUUGGCAUGCAAAGGCCUAGUCAUGGGAAAAGCUUGGUGAAGGUGGUGCCUGGCGCUCAGCCAUGAUAUUAACCACUCACCAGUUCUUUAUUUUGGCAAAGCUUUGUAAUGUCACAGCACUAUUUGAGGGAGCAGUGGGUAUCACUAAGCUCGAAGAGCUUGUCCAAGAGGAUGUAAUAUUGCAUAGCGUUCAGUUCAAUGUAUUGUUUGUCAGCGCUAUCAAUUGUAUUUCUAUCUGCAGUGUUCAGAACAAUUCAUGUCACUGAAUACACUCCGGGUGUUGAAUGGAGCAGGGAAAUAAUAUUUUUAGUCUGAAACCUGCAGUUGGUGGAGUGGAACUCGUUUUGGUCUAUGUCCAUUCAAACAUAGUCAUAGAUUUUAGGCCUAUUAGGUGACUAGUGUCAGUUUGCAGAUGCUAUUGUUGUCUGUGUUAAUGCACGUGGGAGGGGCCCAAAGUGACAUUUUGGUGCAACAAAGCUGCUUUGGAAAGUGGAAACCCUGAGGCAUGCAGUGAGAGGCCACGGUGACCGUACGGCACAGAGAGGUGGUGGUGGCACACUGGACUGUGUGUCUGUGCUUGUGAGGUUUCGAUCAGUAUGUUUUUUUUUUUUUUUCGAGCUGUAAUGGAUUUAAUGUUUUCCUCAGAAUAGAUGGGGAUCCUAAUAAAAUAUCAAAUAGAAAUACCUUUUCUUAAAAAUGUGAAAGAUUCUAGUUGACUGAGUGUUUCAUCAUGGCUUACCAGAACUGCACCUGCAAGUACAUCAUAGCACAGAAGUUGCGUUGUCAGGUGUGUUUACCAUAAAAUACUGCUGGGUGUAUGUGUGCAAUGUGCAUAGCUCCCAAAUACCUACUGUAUGUUCAGUUACUUUAAACAGUUCCUCGCGCUCCCAAACAUUUCGAUCAAGCCACAAACCAUAAGCAAUUUGCACUAUAGCCUAUUUAUUGCCUUACCUCCAUAACUUUCUACAUUUAUGUUUUUUUUACCCCAUAUGUAACUCUGUGUUGUUGUUUUUAUCGCACUGCUUUGCUUUAUCUUGGCCAGGUCGCAGUUGUAAAUGAGAACUUGUUCUCAACUGGCUUACCUGGUUAAAUAAAGGUGAAAAAAAAAUAAUAAUAAGAAUUAAAUAAAUAAAAAAUAUGCCUCCUCCCUCCUCCUGGUACAAGUCAAAUAACUCCGCCCAUAGCCAGGUGGUGGCGUCAACUAGUCAGUACAUAGAUCUUUAAAGUGUGAGCAUGUCUGUGUAGCCCUGCUGUGUGAGUGAGCAGGAUUAAAAUUAUAUUAGAGGUCUUUAAAAAAUAUAUUGAGCGUUUGCUUUAGUCUGCCUGGAGUACCAGGUGGGUGGGGUUUCCACUUGUUUUUUUAUUUUCUUCUAUUGGUUCUGUGUGUGGAAGCACUAGGUUCCGUGAUCCAGUUAGGGGAGGUGUGAUCCAGAUGCUCUGGUGAACACACGCGCGCACACACACUCUUUGUCGGCGACGGCAACCUGUCACUCACACACCCUCAGGAGUGUCCGUAACGCCCUGUUUCCGUCGGCAUGGAGCCGUUUAAACCUUGCAGUGGCUCAGCGCAGUACCUCCCAGAUGUAGAGCACUCUUAACCCACCAACGCUGCAGACAUAUCUCCUCUCGCUGCUUGCGGUCGCAAGGGCCUGUUACAUUCAAUUAGGAUCUGGAGUCACUCACCGCAUCCAACCGUAAGUGUUGGGACUCAGGGUCUGGAUCUACUGCAGUGGAAAUACACUAAAAGACAUCUGAGAUGACUUAGAAGGAACAUUUUUUUUUUAACUCAGGAAGAAACUCCACUUUACAAUUGAUUCAGGUCGUGCCUCCUUUCUAACUCUGAAUGUGAAUCUUUUAGGUGUAUGUGUUUGUGGAUAAUGGUAUUGUUGUUAUUUCUCUCCUUUCAGGUAAGAAGAAGCCUGGGCUCAAGCUCUCCAAGGAGGUGUUUGAGCAGCCGUCUCCUGCUGCUGCGUAAGAUUUUUACUCUUCAAUGUCUUCUUUACGGAGCCUUCAGAACGUAAUCACACCCCUCGACUUAUUCCACAUUGUGUUGUGUUGCAGCCUGAGAGUUCAAAAUUGAUUUACACCCAAUACCCCGUAAUGACAAAGUGAAAACAACAACAUGUUUUGAGACAUUUUAGCAAAUUUAUUGAAAAUGAAAUGCAGAAAUAUUUCAUUUACAUAACUGUUCACACCCCUGAGUCAAUACUUUGUAGAAGCUCCUUUGGCAGCGAUAACAGCUGUGAGUCUUUCUGGGUGAGUCUCUUAAGAGCUUUCCGCACCUGGAUUGUACAACAUUUGCCCAUUUUUAUUAUUUUCUAAAUUCUUCAAGCUCUGUCAAAUUGGUUGUUGAUCAUUGCUAGACAACCAUUUUCAGGUCUUUCCGUAGAUUUUCAAGUAGAUUUGUCACAACUGUAACUCAGCCACUCAGGAACAUUCACUGUCUCCUUGGUAACCAACUCCAGUGUAGAUUUGGUCCUGUGUUUUAGGUUAUUGUCCUGCUGAAAGGGGAAUUCAUCUCCCAGUGUCUGGUGGAAAGCAGACUGAACCAGGUUUUCCUCUAGGAUUUUGCCUGUGCUUAGCUCCAUUCUGUUUCUUUUUUAUCCUGAAGAACUCCCCAGUCCUUAACAAUUACAAGCACACCCAUAACAUGAUGCAGCCACCACUAUGCUUGAAAAUAUGGAGAGUGGUACUCAGUAAUGUGUUGUAUUGGAUUUGCCCCAAACAUAACACUUUGUAUUCAGGACAAAAAGUUAAGUGCUUUGUCAAAUUUUUUUCAGUAUUAAUAUAGUGCCUUGUUGCAAACAGGAUACAUGUUCUGUAAUAUUUGUAUUCUGUACAGGCUUUCUUCUUUUCACUCUGUAAAUUAGGUUAGAAUUGUGGAGUAACUACAAUGUUGUUGAUCCAUCCUCAGUUUUCUCCUAUCACAGCCAUUAAACUCUGUAACUGUUUUAAAGUCACCAUUGGCCUCAUGGUGAAAUCCCUGAGCGGUUUACUUCCCCUCUGGCAUCUGCGUUAGGAAGGACGCUUGUAUAUUUGGAGUAACUGGGUGUAUUGAUACACCAUCCAAAGUGUAAUUAAUAACUUCACCAUGCUCAAAGGGAUAUUCAGCCUCUGAUUUUUUUAAUUUUUUACCCAUCUACCAAUCGGUGCCCUUCUUUGUGAGGCAUUGGAAAACCUCCCUGGACUUUGUGGUUGAAUCUGUUUAAAAUUCACUGCUUGACUGAGGGACCUUACAGAUCAUUUUAUGUGUGGAGAUGAGGUAGUCGUUCAAAAAAACAUGUUAAACACUUAUUGCACACAGAGUGAGUCCAUGCAACUUAUUAUGUGACUUGUUAAGCACAUUUUUACUCCUGAACUUAUUUAGGCUUGGCGUAACAAAGGGGCUGAAUACUUAUUGGCUCAAGACAUUUCAGCUUUUCAUUUUUUUGUUAAUUUGUUUAAAAAAAUUGAGAAACAUAAUUCCACUUUGACAUUAUGGGGUAUUGUGUGUAGGCCAGUGACACAUCUCUAUUUUAAUCUAUUUUAAAUUCAGGCUGUAACACAACAACAUUUGGAAAAAGUCAAGGGGUGUGAAUACUUUCUGAAGGCACUGUAUAUAAUAAUAAUAAUAAAUAAUAAUAAUAAUAAUAUACCAUUUAGCAGAUGCUUUUAUCCAAAGCGACUUACAGUCAUGCGUACAUACAUUUUUGUGUAUGGGUGGUCCCGGGGAUCGAACCCACUACCUUGGCGUUACAAGCGCCGUGCUCUACCAGUUGAGCUACAGAGGACCACAUAUAUAUCACAGCUCUUUGUAUUACAACGACACUGCAUUAUUCCCCUUGUGUAAUUACAAAAAACGCUCACCUCCAACACUAUACAAUUUCAAUGUAGUUACUAAAGUAGUAAUGGUACAUGUAUUUGUAUCAAACCAUUCGGUACGGGAACCUCUGUUCGGUGUCCACUGUGAACCUGAAUGAAUACAUGAAAAAAAAAAAUAUUAAAACACUAGGCUAUUCCGUUAAAACAACUAGCGCUUAUGUGCACAUUGUGAUCAAAAUUCAAAUCUUAAUAGGUGCAUUUCAAACUGUAAUUUUGUGAGGCGCAGCCGGGAACUAGUUAUGUAUGAGUGUUGGGGUCGAUUAACCAGAAUUGGAGGAUACUCCAUCAUUUAGUAGGAAAUCAACUAAAUAUAUUGCAUUUAUUAGAGCAUUAAAUGAUUUGCUCAAGAUGGUAAGACAUUAACAAAAUGCAUAAGUGAUUCGUAUUUUCCUUCAACUGUCUGAAGAGGCAAUGGGAGCGGGAAUGCCUCCAUCUGUGUGUUCGUGUUUGUCUGCCACUAUGUUGACGUCAGCUUGAUGCUAAUGACAACCUCUUCUGGUAGAUGUAAAGGCUUUCCCAAAAACCUUCUCAAUUAAAUGUUAACUACAAAGUAGACUAUGCAUAUCUGGCAGAAUUAUAUAAUGAUUAUUUGCAUCAAUCCUGUGGUGAACGGGAAGGAUAGAUAUAGCGCACAUAGAACAUAUCUACCGCUUCUUAGACUUGCUUUCAAGUAGAAUGACAGAUCUAUAACUCACAUUUCUAUGUGAAUUUGAAGGUCUCGCCCAAAAAGUUACAUAUUGUCACUUUAAAGGGUAUCUACACCCAAAAAGGAAAUGUCUUAGAUUUUUCCCAGACCUAAAAAAAAUGGUCUCCUGUUGUGGUUUAAGCAUUUUAGACAUUGAACGUUAGACAUUGAACAUCUAUACCCAAACUGGCUCAAACGAGCUUAUUCCAUCCCCAAACACCAUGCUAGAUCUGAGUAGGUCAGUUAGUUUUGCACUUACAGUGAGGGAAAAAAGUAUUUGAUCCCCUGCUGAUUUUGUACGUUUGCCCACUGACAAAGACAUGAUCAGUCUAUACUUUUAAUGGUAGGUUUAUUUGAACAAUGAGAGACAGAAUAACAACAUAAAAAUCCAGAAAAACGCAUGUCAAAAAUGUUAUAAAUUGAUUUGCAUUUUAAUGAGGGAAAUAAGUAUUUGACCCCUCUGCAAAACAUGACUUAGUACUUGGUGGCAAAACCCUUGUUGGCAAUCACAGAGGUCAGAUGUUUCUUGUAGUUGGCCACCAGGAUUGCACACAUCUCAGGAGGGAUUUUGUCCCACUCCUCUUUGCAGAUAUUCUCCAAGUCAUUAAGGUUUCGAGGCUGACGUUUGGCAACUCGAACCUUCAGCUCCCUCCACAGAUUUUCUAUGGGAUUAAGGUCUGGAGACUGGCUAGGCCACUCCAGGACCUUAAUGUGCUUCUUCUUGAGCCACUCCUUUGUUGCCUUGGCCGUGUGUUUUGGGUCAUUGUUAUGCUGGAAUACCCAUCCACGACCCAUUUUCAAUGCCCUGGCUGAGGGAAGGAGGUUCUCACCCAAAAUUUGACGGUACAUGGCCCCGUCCAUCGUCCCUUUGAUGCGGUGAAGUUGUCCUGUCCCCUUCGCAGAAAAACACCCCUAAAGCAUAAUGUUUCCACCCCCAUGUUUGACGGUGGGGAUGGUGUUCUUGGGGUCAUAGGCAGCAUUCCUCCUCCAAACACGGCGAGUUGAGUUGAUGCCAAAGAGCUCGAUUUUGGUCUCAUCUGACCACAACACUUUCACCCAGUUCUCCUCUGAAUCAUUCAGAUGUUCAUUGGCAAACUUCAGACGGGCAUGUAUAUGUGCUUUCUUGAGCAGGGGGACCUUGCGGGCGCUGCAGAAUUUCAGUCAUUCACGGCGUAGUGUGUUAACAAUUGUUUUCUUGGUGACUAUGGUCCCAGCUGCCUUGAGAUCAUUGACAAGAUCCUCCCAUGUAGUUCUGGGCUGAUUCCUCACCAUUCUCAUGAUCAUUGCAACUCCACGAGGUGAGAUCUUGCAUGGAGCCCCAGGCCGAGGGAGAUUGACAGUUCUUUUGUGUUUCUUCCAUUUGCGAAUAAUCGCACCAACUGUUGUCACCUUCUCACCAAGCUGCUUGGCGAUGGUCUUGUAGCCCAUUCCAGCCUUGUGUCGGUCUACAAUCUUGUCCCUGACAUCCUUGGAGAGCUCUUUGGUCUUGGCCAUGGUGGAGAGUUUGGAAUCUGAUUGAUUGAUUGCUUCUGUGGACAGGUGUCUUUUAUACAGGUAACCAACUGAGAUUAGGAGCACUCCCUUUAAGAGUGUGCUCCUAAUCUCAGCUUGUUACCUGUAUAAAAGACACCUGGGAGCCAGAAAUCUUUCUGAUUGAGAGGGGGUCAAAUACUUAUUUCCCUCAUUAAAAUGCAAAUCAAUUUAUAACAUUUUUGACAUGCGUUUUUCUGGAUUUUUUUGUUAUUCUGUCUCUCACUGUUCAAAUAAACAUACCAUUAAAAUUCUAGACUGAUCAUUUCUUUGUCAGUGGGCAAACGUACAAAAUCAGCAGGGGAUCAAAUACUUUUUUCCCUCACUGUAGAUAGCUGGCUUUCUUUUUUGUUUUUUUAUAAUCUACUAGCAACAUAACAUGACAAAAUGCGUUGGGCACUAGUACCUACUUACCUGAUUCGCCUCCAUCACCAAAGCUGCCCGCUGUCUUGCUGUAACACCAGUCGUGUCAGUGGACUUGGAGUCUAUAUGGACACAGAACCCCUUUUUACUAGCCUCAGAUUCAUGGUGAAUCUAGUCUUCCACUGUUGGUAGCCAUCGUAAUCCUUUGGGACAAAGUGAGACUGAAGCGCCGGGGAUUUCCCCGAAACCAUUCUGCCCCAAGCGGUCCAACUUUUUUCCCAAUAGACCAAACACGCCUACCUGUAAACAGUGCACCCUCCUCUUGACGUCAAAGCCUCAAUGUAUUGUUGGUAUGAGUUUAUGAUAAAUGUAAUUCAAAUUGCGAAAAUAUAAGUUUAUAAUUAUUUAUUUCUUAAUAAGCUUUUGCAUAAAGACUGUUUUUAGAGGGAAUAUCACCAAGCUACAUGGUUAGAUUUAUGGAAAUAUAUUGCGCAACCUUCCCUUUUAAUAUAAAGUGUUACCCUGUUUUUCUAUGAGGCAUGGUAAUACGGAUAUGAUGCUGCUAAAUCAACUUGAUGAUCCUAAAGAUGUCAGUGACAGCUGCAUUUCCUUCCAUGACUAAUGAGGAGAGAGGAGGCUAGUUAGAGAUUACCUUUUGGAUGCGUUCACCGAUAAGUGGUUCACAAACUGAUGUCUUUGGAAAAAAUGUGCUAGUGAAUAUUGUUGAUAGAGUACAGUUUCAGUGUAAAAAAAAAAACAUUUACAUGCAGUUUUUCCCCAGAACAUUUUGAAAUCUUAAUGAAUUAAUGCAUGCAGUUGAUGUACAAAAUCGUUUCGUACAUAAAGUUUUUUUUUUUUAUCCUAACAACUGUCUGACUACUUUACAGACCCCCAAGAGAUUUGGAUUCGAAAGCUUGUGUGACCAUUGGAGAGAAGGUACUAUUUACCACAUCUCAUCUUAUUCAUGUUCACUGAACUGUUCAGUGUAUUUUUCCAGUCUCUCACAUUCUUACCUUUCGUCUACCACUGUGUUCUUCCCCACACGUUCCUUCGACUAAACCUUUAUUUAAAACUGAAGCACAUAAACUUCAGGUUUGACAUCUGGGUGUAGUUGUUGUAACCUUAUGUAUACUGAGUUUUUAGAUGGUACGAGGUAGACUGCAAACCGGAUGUCUUUGUUUUCAUUGAGAGCAUGACGGUAAAUGCAGUUGAGGCUGGCGGUGUAAUGCCAUCAGCCGCCACAGUAAACGGGACUUGCCGCCAGAGUUCAAAUAUUUCAACUUUUGCUGUCUGCCGUAGCGUUGUUUUCUACCGGAUGUUGAUUUGCACUGUUUGUUUACUGAAAUCACCAUAGCAACGCAUACAUUCAUCACAGAUAGAACAAUGAGCCAGAUAUUUCACUGGAUGUAUAAAUGUGAAGCAUUCGAUUGGCGUUUCCACUCACUACCAAAUAUGUUGAUGAGAGGACGCCCAGUGGCUGGCAGUGGGAGAAGAUGGAGCGAGAUGGACUUUGGCCGACAUUCUGCUAAUUUUCUCAUUGAUGAGACAUUUGAUCUCCAUACAGGUUUUUGUUUCCCAACCUAGAAUCUGUAACAAACAGAGUGGACUGUGUUUUGUAGACUUUACAUUUUGCCAAAGUUUUAAAAAAUUGCAUUGUUUAGAAGGAGUGCAAGGGAGAAUUGAGUUAUUACAUGCACUUCGCAGAGUAGGCGUUCCCUAACGGAAAUAUGCAAAUAAAUGCUAGAAUGCACCAAUAGGAUCUCACUAGCUCAUGCUUGGCUCUGCCCACCUCCUUGCUUGUUCUGCCCACUAUGAUUCAUUUGCUCCCAUUGGAACUGACAGGCUCUGAUCUAUCUUGGGUUUGUUAUAAAAAUCUUUGCUGUCGUGCUGGCUUGCUUUUGCCAUCGCCUUUCUUGCUUUCUUGUCCCACUAUGCCGACUGCUAUGGCGGUUUUUGCGUCCCUCGUCUGAACGCCGCAUUAGGUUGAGUAAGGUCCUCUCUCUGUGGUCUGGAUACAGAAAGCUGAAAGCUUGGCUCAAUUAAGGGUCUGUGAGCCAUAUAGAACGCCCUAGCGAACAUUACGACUCGGAUUGAACACUUCUGAUUGUAGGCAGACUGGAAUGUGUUUUACUGCCUGACGGGCAGUAAAAAUAUUUAUUUUAAACUGAUCAAAUAAGUGGAAUUUUCCAUUGGCAAAGAUGCCGGCUUUUUUUCCUCUUAUAAUUUAGCCUGAAGUCAAAGUCAGGGCAGCCAUUGAUUUAGUUGUUCUUGUAUGAAGUGAGAAAAGGACAGAAGAUCCCAUUCUUUACUUAAACCAUUAUUUUAGAUGAAAAGGGUCAUUUGCGGUGUCUUUGGACUCAGCCCCCCUUACCAGAGACUAUAUAUAUUUAGUGUUCUCAAUGUUCAAUGCUUUCCCUCUUGAUAACAGCUGUUUGUUGGAGGAGUUGUUUGAAUAAAGACAGCUCCGAGCUGAGGCAGCACUCUCAGACAAAGAGGAAUACCCCCAGCCAGAAUGACACUGUUGUUGGGGGAUUAGACCUAGGUUUUCUUUUAGUGCUUUUCGCUCUCUGUUUCUAGUGACUCAAUAUUUUUACCCCUCUCAAUUUUGUGUUCAGUGAUUACAUCAAGGAAGUAAGGGAGAAGGGAAGGAAGGGUGAUUUAUUUUUUAUUUGUUUAUCUUAUUACAUCAUCGUGUCACCCGUUUAAUGUUUGAGCCUGACACUGCUCUCUUCCCUCUCUGCCUGUCCUGAGCAGAACUUUGUGGUGAAGGCAGAUGACCUGGAGCAGAUUGGCGAGCUGGGGAGAGGGGCGUACGGUGUGGUGGACAAGAUGAGGCACAUGCCCAGUGGCCUGAUCAUGGCAGUCAAGGUCUGCGACAUUUGAUGCUGUAACUGGUGUUCUCUUUAAGGGGAUCUAUGGCUAUGUUUACACAGGCAUCCCAAUUCUGAUCUUUUGCCCAAUUAUUGGCAAAAGAGCUGAUAUGAUAGGUCAAAAGACCAAUUAGUGGAAAAAUAUCAAAAUUAGGCUGCAUGUGUAAACGCGGCCUAAGUCAAGUUACUAUAGGUGAGCACUUUGGCUUUAUUUACACAGGCAGGCCAAUUCUGAUCUUUUCCCCACUAAUUGGUCUUUUGACCAAUCAGAUCAGCUCUUAUGCCAACAAUUGGGGCAAGAGAUCAGAAUUGGGCUGCCUGUGUAAACACAGCCAUGGUGACGGCUAUUGAUGUAAUACGUUGGAUGGAUGGAUGGAUGGAUUUGAUGUCCUUUCUCUCCCACCCUAGAGGAUCCGUGCCACAGUGAACAACCAGGAACAGAAGAGACUGUUGAUGGACCUGGACAUCUCUAUGAGGACAGUAGACUGCUUCUACACAGUCACCUUCUACGGCGCACUCUUCAGAGAGGUAGCCAGCUUCUUUAUAAAAAAUAAUAAAACAUUAAAAUAAAAUAAUAUUUAAUACUUAAGUCUUAUGUAGUGUUUUUCUAAAACCCAAAGACGCUUUACAAUCAACAACCUUUAGGUGUAGCUUAUUUUAAUUGUUUAUUAAUUGUUUUAGUGUAUUUGGAUCCCCAUAAGUUGUUAAAAUCACAACAGCUACUCUUCUUGGGUUUCCUCUACUGCUGAUCUAGUUCAUUACUAUGUUGAACAAUGUCAUUACAUAGAUGUCGGAGGACAGAGCCUUGUAAAGAUGCUGUCAAAUAUAUUGGCACCCUUACACUUUACAAUGGAGUGCAACAGUUUUUUUAUCUUUUCAAAACUAGUUGGAUGGCUAUUUUUACCCAGUAGGCACCUGCAACAUACAAAGAGGAGGAUACAUUACACUUUCCAAGGAUCACUCCGUCUCCAACCAAAAUAAUCCGAUUUUUGAAUAAUUUAGUCCAGGCCAUUUUUGACUAUGAAGUGCAAAAUCUUAAUUUCAGUUUUGAUCAGUUGUAAAUCAAACAAAAUGUGAACACCAAAAGUUUUUUUUAAAUGUCAACUUAUUUUAGAAGAAAUUGUGAAUCAUGCAUGGGUGCCUAUAUAUUUGACUCAUCUGUAUGUUCAGAGAAGCAGUUAUUAGCAACUUACUUUGUCGUCUUCAUAUCAACAAAAAUAUGUGGACACCCCUUCAAAUUAGUGGAUUCGGCUAUUUCAGCCACACCCGUUGCUGACAGGUGUAUAGAAUCGAGCACACAGCCAUGCAAUCUCCAUAGACAAACAUUGGCAGUAGAAUGGCCUUACUGAAGAGCUCAGUGACUUUCAACGUGGCACCUUCAUAAGAUGCCACCUUUACAACAAGUCAGUUUGUCAAAUUUCUGCCCUGCUAGAGCUGCCCCGGUCAACUGUAAGUGCUGUUAUUGUGAAGUGGAAACGUCUAGGUGCAACAACAUCUCAGCUGUGAAGUGGUAGGCCACACAAUCUCACAGAACGGGACCGCCGAGUGCCGAAGCGCAAUGUGCAAUAAAAUCAUCUGUCCUCGGUUGCAACACUCACUACCGAGUUCCAAACUUCCUCUGGAAGCAACAUCAGUACAAUAACUGUUUGUCGGGAGCUUCAUGAAAUGGGUUUCCAUGGCCGAGCAGGCGCACGCACACAAGCCUAAGAUUACCAUGCGCAAUGCCAAGCGUCGGCUGGAGUGGUGUAAAGCUCGCCGCCAUUGGACUCUGGAGCAGUGGAAACGCGUUCUCAGGAGUGAUGAAUCACGCUUCACCAUCUGGCAGUCUGAAGGACAAAUUUGGGUUUGGUGGAUGCCAGGAGAACGCUACCUGCCCGAAUGCAUAGUGCCAACUGUAAAGUUCGGUGGAGGAGGAAUAAUGGUCUGGGGCUGUUUUUCAUGGUCCUGGCUAGGCCCCUUAGUUCCAGUGAAGGGAAAUCUUAACGCUACAGCAUACAAUGACAUGCUAGAUGAUUCUGUUCUUCCAACUUUGUGGCAACAGUUUGGGGAAGGCCGUUUCCUGUUUCAGCAUGCCAAUGCCCCCGUGCACAAAGUGAGGUCCAUACAGAAAUGGUUUGUCAAGAUCAGUGUGGAAGAACUUAACUGGCCUGCACAGAGCCCUGACCUCAACCCCAUCGAACACCUUUGUGAUGAAUUGGAACGCCGGCUGCGAGCCAGGCCUAACUAAUGCUCUUGUGGCUGAAUGGAAGCAAGUCCCCGCGGCAAUGUUCCAACAUCUAGUGGAAAGACUUCCCAGAAGAGUGGAGGCUGUUAUAGCAGCAGAGGGGGGACCAACUCCAUUUUAAUGCCCAUGAUUUUGGAAUGAGAUGUUCGACGAGGAGGUGUCCACAUACUUUUGGUCAUGUAGUGUAUCUGGAACAUAAGACUUCCUGAUUUACACAAGACAUUGUACUGUAGGACUGGGCUGCCAUCCAGACAGACAAGUACCAUGAGCUAUUUUCCUUAUGUCGAGAUGUCAGUUGAUAGAACCUUGUAUGUUGUAGUCAAGAGAAACAAAUAAAGAAUUCCUGAUACCGGAUGUAGUUACCUACCGCUUGAAGAGAGCGUUCCACAGGAUAUCCCUCCGCAGUGGACCACAUUGGAAAAAGCUCCUUCCUGUUAGCCAAUCUGUGUCUCUGGAAUGUGGUUCUGUUUUUCCAAUCCUUCCCUCUACCGCUCUCUCUAUAGCCCAAUUUUUCCGUUCCCAAUACCGUUCUCCUACAUCCCUCUACCCCUCUCUCCAUCCCGGUACCUCCCCCUCACCCCCUUAACCCCUAAACUCUCACCCCAAUCUGACCUUCCCAUGUUUUACCUGUGUUCCCAGGGUGAUGUGUGGAUCUGUAUGGAGCUGAUGGACACCUCUCUGGAUAAGUUUUACAAGCAGGUGAUCGAUAAAGGCAUGACCAUCCCUGAAGACAUCCUGGGAAAGAUGGCCGUCUCGGUGAGUAGGACUACUUCUUUACGCCGUUUCCUCAUGUAAAUAGGACUAACUAUGUUACAUCAGUCACCCUAGAGACCAAGAGGAAUAUUACAUGUGUUAUGUGUAGGACAGGGAUUCCGUUAGCUGGUAAUUGCCGGCUUUUGGGCCGAUAAAAUAAAUGAAAAGCUGAUGAAUAGAAUUGUAGCCGGCCAAAUUGUCCAGGGCUGUCCAGCUGCUGAGGAGAGAGAGAGAGAAAGCGAGAGAGGAGCCUUGGCCUAGGCUACUGUUGAUUGCGAAGAUGGAGGCCUUUUUCAUUGAAAGUUAGAGGGUAUGCCUAUAGUGAAAGCCUACAAUGCAGGGCAUUUUAGUCGCAUUUUGCGACCCUUAGACUUGGCUGUGCAAGUACAAUAAAAAAUGUGUUCGCAUCGGUGCGGGCUGCACAUUCAUUCACCUCACAAAAAACAUCCUCUUUUUUUUUUAGGAGGCUAAAACCAUGAUUUGGUCAAACAGUAAAGUAUCCUCAUGAUUCCUGUAGUAGAAGUGUGGGCCUGCAUGCCCCUGUACCUGUUUUGCUGGCGCCUUCUGCUGUGUUGAGCAGCCGCUCGCUCUCUCUUUUCCCAGGGGAAAAAUCAUUUUCCAGGUGAAAGAAAAGUGUUCUGAUUGCUGUUCCAAUUGCUGGAAAAAAAAAACAGCUAUCCUGUUGUCACAGAUGGGGAGAGGAUGUUCUCAGCUUUCUGUACGUACAUUAUCAUUAGCCUAUUGGGUACGGUAGUCACUAGCCUUUCUUGGUAAUAGCAGCAAUAUAGCCUGUUCAGGUCUUUUGAGGCAUUUUCUUUGGCCAAAGUAAGUUCCAACUGUAAUGUUGUGUUUGCCACAAUAUAAUAUCCUGCUCAUAUUUUCCCUAUAAACAAUAGCUUGACUUACUUUUUGAUAUUAUCCUGAUAAAGUUAAGAAACGUUUGUGAAGGUUUGGUGUGGUGUGGCUAUUAGCAUAUUAUACUGCAGGCCUAUGAUAUGAAGGCAGUGCACCCCGGCGCUACAACUGACUCCAACCGACAGUUGAACUUCAGGUGAGGAAGAAUGUUUUUAGGCCUACCGGAUUUACUCCUAUAAUCUAACAAUAUAAUACUUAUCUUUAUAAAAAAUAUUCUAAUUGAAAAUUAACAAAUUAGCCUCCUGCCUUGCACAAGUAAGUAUUCACCCCCCUUUUUGUUGUGUUAAAACCUGGAAUUAAAAAGGAUUUAAUUGGUAUUUUUAACAUUUGAUUUACACAACAUACUUAACACCUUUUUUAAGGUGCAAAGAUUUUUUUGUGACAAAAGUUUAUACAAAAAAAAAUAAAUACAUGUGUUGGUUGCAUAAGUAUUCACCCCCCAGAGUCAAUACUUGGUAGAAGCACCUUUGGCAGCAAUUACAGCUGUGAGUCUUUUUGGGUAAGUCUCUAUCAGCUUUGCACUCCUGGAUCCUGCAAUAUUUGGUCCAUUCUUCUUGACAAAGUUGAUCAAGCUUAGUCAAGUUGGAUGUGGACCAUUGGUGAACAGCAAUUUUCCAGUCUUGCCACAAAUUCUCAGUUGGAUAGAGGUCUGGGCAUUGACUGGGCUAUUCUAAGACAUUCAGGUUGUUGUUUUUAAACCACUCCAGUGUAGCUUUGGCUGUGUGUUUAGGGUCAUUAUCCUGCUGGAAGGUGAACCUCUGCCCCAAUCGCAGGUCUCUUGCAGACUGAAACAGGUUUCUGUGGAUUUGGCUCCAUCCAUCGUGCCCUCAAUCCUGACCAGUUUCCCAGUCCCUGCCGAUGAAAAGCAUCCCCAUAACAUGAUGCUGCCACCACCAUGCUUCACCAUGGGGAUGGUGUUCUCAGGGCGAUGAGCAGUCUUGGCUUUGACCAGAUAACCCUUUUCCACAUGUUUGCUAUGUCUCCCACAUGUCUUUUGGCAAAAAUCCAAACAGGAUUUGAUAUGUUUUUUUUUUUUACAGCAAUGGCUUUCUUCUCAGCACUCUUCCAUAAAGCCCAGCUUUGUGAAGCACCUGGGUACUAGUUGUCCCAUGGACAGUUUCUCCCGUCUCAGCUGUGGAUCUCUCCAGCUCCUUCACAGUUACCAUUGGCCUCUUGGUUGCUUCUCUGACUAAUGCCCUCCUUACCCGGUCACUGAGUUUCGGUGGAUGGCCUUCUCUAGGCAGAGUCGCGGUUGUGCCAUUUCUUUCGAUUUAUUUAUAAUGGAUUUAACGGUGCGCCGGGGGAUGCGCUCUCUGUCUCUCUGUCUCUCUCUCUCUCUCUUCCUUUUAUAUAUAUAUAUAUUUUAUAUUAAUAGAAUACAUUGGAGGCCUAUAUCAAUAGAUAUUUAUAUCAAUAAAUCUCCGACAGCUGAACCAUGAGGUGGAUUAUUUAUUGUUUUAGGAAAAUAGAAACCAAUAAAACAAUAGGCUAUAAAGAUUUGCAUAUACUACACAUCUAAACACUCGUUUUUUAUUAUUUUUUUGUAAUUAGUUAUAGGCUGUUUUUAAGGACACGUAAAUGUGGCUCAUUUGGCUAAUAUCCCUUGUUUAUUGAUGGUGCUGACUGCGUGGGUGGACUGCGUAAUGGGUUCCUCACCCAGUGUAUAAUGGAUGACCGGUAACGGUAAAAUUCUCAAAUGUCAGAUAAAUUAAAAAGUCUUCAUGGUCACUUGUCUGACGCCAAAUUUUCCUAAUGUAGGAAAAGUAUUCUUGCCUUCAGAAAGUAUUCACGCCCUUGAACUUUUCCACAUUUUUGUUGUGUUACAGCCCAAAUUUAAAAUGGAUUAAAUUAGAUUUUGUUUUGCCACUGGUCUCCACACAAUACCCCAUAAUGUCAAAGUGUAAUUAUGUUUUCCAAAUUUUUUUGUACUAAUUCAUACAAAAAUGAAAAGCUGAAAUGUCCCCUUUGUUAUGGUAAGCCUAAACAAGUUCAAGAGUAAAAAUGUCCUUAUCAAAUCGCAUAAUAAGUUGCAUGGACUCAUACCGUGUUCAAUAAUAGUGUUAACGUGAUGUUUGAAUGACUACCCCAUCUUACCCCACACAUACAAUUACAGUGGCUUGCAAAAGUAUUCACCCCCCUUGGCAUUUUUCCUAUUUUGUUGCCUUAUAACCUGGAAUUAAAAUUGAUUUUUGGGGGGUUUGUAUCAUUUGAUUUACAACAUGCCUACCACUUUGAAGAUGCAAAAAUAUUUUUUGGGGUGAAACAACAAGAAAUAAGACAAAAAAACAGAACUUGAGCGUACAUAACUAUUCACCCCCCCCCCCCCCAAAGUCAGUACUUUGUAGAGCCACCUUUUGCAGAAAUUACGGCUGAAAGUCUCUUGGGGUAAGGCAUGACCAUCCCUGAAGACAUCCUGGGAAAGAUGGCCGUACAGCAAUCUUGGGGUACAGCUGCAAGUCUCUUCAAGGCAAAACUGCUCCAGCUCCUUCAAGUUGGAUGGGUUCCGAUGGUGUACAGCAAUCUUUAAGUCAUACCACAGAUUCUCAAUUGGAUUGAGGUCUGAGCUUUGACUAGGCCAUUCCAAGAUAUUUAAAUGUUUCCCCUUAAACUACUCAAGUGUUGCUUUAGCAGUAUGCUUAGGGUCAUUGUCCUGCUGGAAGGUGAACCUCCGUCCCAGUCUCAAAUCUCUGGAAGACUGAAACAGGUUUCCCUCCAAUAAUUUCUCUGUAUUUAGCACCAUCCAUCAUUCCUUCAGUUCUGACCAGUUUCCCAGUCCCUGCCGAUGAAAAGCAUCCCCACAGCAUGAUGCUGCCACCACCAUGCUUCUGGGGAUGGUGUUCUCAGGGUGAUGAGAGGUGUUGGGUUUGCGCCAGACAUAGCGUUUUCCUUGAUGGCCAAAAAGCUCAAUUUUAGUCUCAUCUGACCAGAGUACCUUCUUCCAUAUGUUUGGGGAGUCUCUCACAUGCCUUUUGGUGAACACCAAACGUGUUUCCUUAUUAUUUUCUUUAAGCAAUGGCUUUUUUCUGGCCACUCUUCCGUAAAGCCCAGCUCUGUGGAGUAUACGGCUUAAAGUUGUCCUAUGGACAGAUACCUUUGCAGCUCCUUCAGGGUUAUCUUUGGUCUCUUUGUUGCCUCUGAUUAAUGCCCUCCUUGCCUGGUCUGUGAGUUUUGUUGGGCAGCCCUCUCUUGGCAGGUUUGUUGUGGUGCCAUAUUCUUUCCAUUUUUUUAUAAUGAAUUUAAUGGUGCUCCAUGGGAUGUUCAAAGUUUCGGAUAUUUCUUUAUAACCCAACCCUGAUCUGUACUUCUCCACAACUUUGUCCCUGACCUGUUUGGAGAGCUCCUUGGUCUUCAUGGUGCCGCUUGCUUGGUGGUGCCCCUUGCUUAGUGGGUUGCAGACUCUGGGGCCUUUCAGAACAGGUGUGUGUGUAUAUAUACUGAGAUCAUGUGACACUUAGAUUGCACACAGGUGGACUUUAUUUAACUAAUUAUGUGACCUCUGAAGGUAAUUGGUUGCACCAGAUCUUAUUUAGGGGCUUCAUAGCAAAGGGGGUGAAUACAUAUGCACGCACCACUUUUCCGUGAUGUACUUUUUAGACUUUCUUGAAACAAGUUAUUUUUUUCAUUUCACUUCACCAAUUUGACUAUUUUGUGUAUGUCCAUUACAUGAAAUCCAAAUAAAAAUCCAUUUAAAUUACAGGUUGAAAUGCAACAAAAUAGGAAAUACGCCAAGGGGGAUGAAUACUUUUGCAAGGCACUGUAUAUGUAAGGUCCCUCUGUCGAGCAGUGAAUUUCAAACUUACAUUCAACCACAAAGACCAGGGAGUUUUUCCAAUGCCUCGCAAAGAAGGGCACCGAUUUGGUAGAUGAGUAAAAAUUCAAAAACCAGACACUGAAUAUCCCUUUGAGCGUAGUGAAGUUAUUAAUUAGGCUUUGGAUGGUGUAUCAAUACACCCAGUCACUACAAAGAUACAUGCGUUCUUCCUAACUCAGUUGCCGGAGAGUAAGGAAACUGCUCAGGGAUUUCAACAUGAGGCCAAUGGUCAUUUUAAAAUAUUUACAGAGAUUAAUUGUUGUGAUAUGCAAGUAAUUCUGCAAAGAAUGUGGCAAAGAAAUUAACUUUUUGUCCUGAAUACGAAGCAUUAUGUUUGGGGCAAAUCUAACACAACACAUCACUGAGUACCACUCUUCAUGUUUUCCAGCAUGGCGGUGGCUGCAUCAUGUUAUGGGUAUGCUUGUCAUCUGCAAUGACUAGGGAGUUUUUUUGUUGUUGAGGAAAAUAAAUGGCUAAAUCCUCGAGGAAAGUGAUUCGGUCUGGUUUCCAACAGACACUGGGAGACUAAUUCAGCUUUUAGCAGGACAAUAACCUAAAACACAAGGCCAAAUCUACACUGGAGUUGCUUACCAAGAUGACAUUGAAUGUUCCUGAGUGGACUAGUUACAGUUUUGACUCAACUCGGCUUGAAAAUCUAUGGCAAGAAAAUGGCUGUCUAGCAUGGCUGUCUAGCAAUGAUCAACAAUCAUCUUGACAGAGCUUGAAGAAUUAAAAAAAAAAGAAGAAUAGGCUAAUAUUGUACAAUCCGGGUGUGCAAAGCUCCUAGAGACUUACCCAGAAAGGCUCACAGCUGUGUUCGCCGCCAAAGGUGCUUCUACAAAAUAUUGACUCCGGUGGUAUGAAAACGUAUGUAAAUUAGAUAUUUCUGUAUUGAAUUUCAAUUCAUUUUCCCAAAUGUCUAAAAACAUGUUUUCACUUUGUCAUUAUGGGGUAUUGUGUGUAAAGAAAAAUAAUAUAUUUAAUCCAUUUUGAAUUCAGGCUGUAGCACAACAAAAUGUGGAAUAGGUCAAGGGGUAUGAAUACUUUCUGAAGGCACUGUACAAAAAUGUAAACGCAACAAUUUCAAAGAUUUUACGGAGUUAUAGUUCAUAUAAGGAAAUCAGUCAAUUGAAAUAAGUAGGCCUUCAUCUAUGUAUUUCACAUGACUGGGAAUACAGAUAUGCGUAUGUUGGUCAAAGAUACCUUAGAAAAAAGGUUGGGGCAUGAAUCAGAAAACUAGUCCGUGACCACCAUUUGCCUCAUGCAGCGUGACACAUCUCCUUUGCAUAGAGUUGAUAAGGCUGUUGAUUGUGGCCUGUGGAAUGUUGUCCCACUCCUCUUCAAUGGCUGUGCGAAGUUACUGGAUAUUGGCGGGAACUAGAACAUACUAUGGAGCACUCUGUUCACAAUGUUGACAUCAGCAAACAGCUCCCCCACACAUCUGCCCGGUACAGUUGAAACCGGGAUUCAUCCGUGAAGAGCACACUUCUCCAGCGUGCCAGUGGCCAUCGAAGGUGAGCAUUUGCCCUACUGAAGUCGGUUACGACGACGAACUGCGGUCAGGUCAAGACCCUGGUGAGGACGACGAGCACGCAGAUGAGCUUCCCUGAGACGGUUUCUGACAGCUUGUGCAGAAAUUCUUCAGUUGUGCAAACCCACAGUUUCAUCAGCUGUCCUGGUGGCUGGUCUCAGAUGAUCCUGCAGGUGAACGAGCUGGAUGUGGAGGUCCUAGAUGGCGUGGUUACAGAUGGUCUGCGGUUGUGAGGCCGGUUGGAUGUAAUGUCAAAUUCUCUAAAACGUAUGGUUUUCUUUCCGUUUUAUUAUUUAAAAAAUGUAAUAUAUAUAUAUAUUUGUUCAUAUUUUUUUUAUAUUUUUUUUUAGGCGGUAGAUCAGCUUUAAUAUUGCAGAUAGAUUGUAACUUCCAUCAAUGUAAUUGUCUGCAUCACUUCCAAUCCCCCAUAUAUUAUUUCCCGCAUAUAUGUGUGUGUAUAGCAAUAUAUACACAUAUAUACACAUACAGUGGGGAGAACAAGUAUUUGAUACACUGCCGAUUUUGCAGGUUUCCUACUUACAAAGCAUGUAGAGGUCUGUCAUUUUUAUCAUAGGUACACUUCAACUGUGAGAGACGGAAUCUAAAACAAAAAUCCAGAAAAUCACAUUGUAUGAUUUUUAAGUAAUUAAUUAGCAUUUUAUUGCAUGACAUAAGUAUUUGAUACAUCAGAAAAGCAGAACUUAAUAUUUGGUACAGAAACCUUUGUUUGCAGUUACAGAGAUCAUACGUUUCCUGUAGGUCUUGACCAGGUUUGCACACACUGCAGCAGGGAUUUUGGCCCACUCCUCCAUACAGACCUUCUCCAGAUCCUUCAGGUUUCGGGGCUGUCGCUGGGCAAUACGGACUUUCAGCUCCCUCCAAAGAUUUUCUAUUGGGUUCAGGUCUGGAGACUGGCUAGGCCACUCCAGGACCUUGAGAUGCUUCUUACGGAGUCACUCCUUAGUUGCCCUGGCUGUGUGUUUCGGGUCAUUGUCAUGCUGGAAGACCCAGCCACGACCCAUCUUCAAUGCUCUUACUGAGGGAAGGAGGUUGUUGGCCAAGAUCUCGCGAUACAUGGCCCCAUCCAUCCUCCCCUAAAUACGGUGCAGUCGUCCUGUCCCCUUUGCAGAAAAGCAUCCCCAAAGAAUGAUGUUUCCACCUCCAUGCUUCACGGUUGGGAUGGUGUUCUUGGGGUUGUACUCAACCUUCUUCUUCCUCCAAACACGGCAAGUGGAGUUUAGACCAAAAAGCUCUAUUUUUGUCUCAUCAGACCACAUGACCUUCUCCCAUUCCUCCUCUGGAUCAUCCAGAUGGUCAUUGGCAAACUUCAGACGGGCCUGGACAUGCGCUGGCUUGAGCUGGGGGACCUUGCGUGCGCUGCAGGAUUUUUAUCCAUGACGGCGUAGUGUGUUACUAAUGGUUUUCUUUGAGACUGUGGUCCCAGCUCUCUUCAGGUCAUUGACCAGGUCCUGCUGUGUAGUUCUGGGCUGAUCCCUCACCUUCCUCAUGAUCAUUGAUGCCCCACGAGGUGAGAUCUUGCAUGGAGCCCCAGACCGAGGGUGAUUGACCGUUAUCUUGAACUUCUUCCAUUUUCUAAUAAUUGCGCCAACAGUUGUUGCCUUCUCACCAAGCUGCUUGCCUAUUGUCCUGUAGCCCAUCCCAGCCUUGUGCAGGUCUACAAUAUUAUCCCUGAUGUCCUUACACAGCUCUCUGGUCUUGGCCAUUGUGGAGAGGUUGGAGUCUGUUUGAUUGAAUGUGUGGACAGGUGUCUUUUAUACAGGUAACGAGUUCAAACAGGUGCAGUUAAUACAGGUAAUGAGUGGAGAACAGGAGGGCUUCUUAAAUAAAAACUAACAGGUCUGUGAGAGCCUUAAUUCUUACUGGUUGGUAGGUGAUCAAAUACUUAUGUCAUGCAAUAAAAUGCAAAUGAAUUACUUAAAAAUCGUACAAUGUGAUUUUCUGGAUUUUUGUCUUAGAUUCCGUCUCUCACAGUUGAAGUGUACCUAUGAUAAAAAUGACAGACCUCUACAUGCUUUGUAAGUAGGAAAACCUGCAAAAUCGGCAGUGUAUCAAAUACUUGUUCUCCCCACUGUAUGUUUGUGUGUGUGUGUAUGUGUAUAUAUAUAUAUAUAUAUAUAUAUAUAUAUAUAUAUAUAUAUAUAUAUAUAUAUAUAUAUAUAUAUAUAUAUAUAUAUAUAUAUAUAUAUAUACGUACAUACAGUUGAAGUCGGAAGUUUACAUACACCAUAGCCAAAUACAUUUAAACUCAGUCUUUCGCAAUUCCUGAUAUUUAAUCCUAGGAACAAUUCCAUGUCCAGGAUCACCACUUUAUUUUAAGAAUGUGAAAUGUCAGAAUAAUAGUAGAGAGAAUGAUUGAUUUAUUUCAGCUUUUAUUUAUUUCAUCACAUUCCCAGUGGGUCAGAAGUUUACAUACAUUCAAUUAGUAUUUGGUAGCAUUGCCUUUUAAAUUGUUUAACUUGGGUCAAGGACAUUUCUAAGUGACCCCAAACUUUUGAACGGUUGUGUGUGUGUGUGUGUGUGUGUGUGUGUGUAUAUAUAUACACACACAUCCUUUUUAGAAAUAUAUUUUCCUUUAUUACUUUCCAACCCCACCACCCCUCCCCUAAUUGGAGUAAACUCGUGAACAACAACGCUUAGACCAAUACUUCCAGCUUAUACGUACUAUAUACAUUUUAUGGACACAGUCAAUUAAAACAAUAGUUUUAUUUCGUUUGUUUUUACUCCUGAACUUCCUCUACCCUCAACCUCUCCGAUCAUUUUCAUGAUGUCCAUCCGGUUUGCUGGAUGUGGAGGUCCUGGGCUGGCGUGGUUACACGUGGUCUGCGGUUAUGAGGCCGGUUGGAUGUACUCUCAAAUUCUCUAAAACUACAUUGGAGGCGGCUUAUGUUAGGGAAAUGAACAUUAAAUUAUCUGGCAACAGCUCUGGUGGACAUUCCUGCAGUCAGCAUGCCAAUUGCAUGCUCCCUCAAAGUUUGAGACAUCUGUGGCAUUGUUUGUAAACUCAGCAAAAAAAGAAACGUCCUCUCACUGUCAACUGCGUUUAUUUUCAGCAAACUUAACAAGUGUAAAUAUUUGUAUGAACAUAACAAGAUUCAACAACUGAGACAGGAACUGAACAAGUUCCACAGACAUGUGACUAACAGAAAUUGAAUAAUGUGUCCCUGAACAAAGGGGGGGGGGGGGGGGGGGGGGGUCAAAAUCAAAAGUAACAGUCCGUAUCUGGUGUGGCUACCAGCUGCAUUAAGUACUGCAGUGCAUCUCCUCCUCAUGGACUGCACCAGAUUUGCCAGUUCUUGCUGUGAGAUGUUACCCCACUCUUCCACCAAGGCACCUGCAAGUUCCCUGACAUUUCUGGGGGGAAUGGCCUUAGCCCUCACCCUCCAAUCCAACAGGUCCCAGACGUGCUCAAUGGGAUUGAGAUCCGGGCUCUUCGCUGGCCAUGGCAGAACACUGACAUGCCUGUCUUGCAGGAAAUCACGCACAGAACGAGCAGUAUGGCUGGUGGCAUUGUCAUGCUGGAGGGUCAUGUCAGGAUGAGCCUGCAGGAAGGGUACCACAUGAGGGAGGAGGAUGUCUUCCCUGUAAAGCACAGCGUUGAGAUUGCCUGCAAUGAUAACAAUCUCAGUCCGAUGAUGCUGUGAUACACCGCCCCAGACCAUGACGGACCCUCCACCUCCAAAUCGAUCCCGCUCCAGAGUACAGGCCUCUGUGUAAUGCUCAUUCCUUCGACGAUAAACGCGAAUCCUACCAUCACCCUUGGUGAGACAAAACCGCGACUCGUCAGUGAAGAGCACUUUUUGCCAGUCCUGUGUGGUCCAGCGACGGUGGGUUUGUGCCCAUAGGCGACAUUGUUGCCGGUGAUGUCUGGUGAGGACCUGCCUUACAACAGGCCUACAAGCCCUCAGUCCAGCCUCUCUCAGCCUAUUGCGGACAGUCUGAGCACUGAUGGAGGGAUUGUGCGUUCCUGGUGUAACUCGGGCUGUUGUUGUUGCCAUCCUGUACCUGUCCCGCAGGUGUGAUGUUCGGAUGUACCGAUCCUGUGCAGGUGUUGUUACACGUGGUCUGCCACUGCGAGGACGAUCAGCUGUCCAUCCUGUCUCCCUGUAGCGCUGUCUUAGGCGUCUCACAGUACGGACAUUGCAAUUUAUUGCCCUGGCCACAUCUGCAGUCCUCAUACCUCCUUGCAGCAUGCCUAAGGCACGUUCACGCAAAUGAGCAGGGACCCUGGGCAUCUUUCUUUUGGUGUUUUUCAGAGUCAGUAGAAAGGCCUCUUUAGUGUCCUAAGUUUUCAUAACUGUGACCUUAAUUGCCUACCGUCUGUAAGCUGUUAGUGUCUUAACGACCGUUCCACAUGUGCAUGUUCAUUAAUUGUUUAUGGUUCAUUGAACAAGCAUGGGAAACAGUGUUUAAACCCUUUACAAUGAAGAUCUGUGAAGUUAUUUGGAUUUUUACAAAUUAUUUUUGAAAGACAGGGUCCUGAAAAAGGGACGUUUCUUUUUUUGCGCAUGUUUAUUCAGAUUUAUUACGGAUGCCAAGGCAGCAGCUACUCUUCCUGGGGUCCAAACACAUUAAGACACUUACAUUACAUAUAAAACAAAACAAACAACAGUAUAUCAUAUAACAUUAUUACUCCACUACAUAUCUACAAUACAACAUUUAUAAUACCCCCAUACAACAAUAUUACAAUGUGUACGUGUGUGUAGAGUGCGUGUGCUUGUAUGAGUGUGUCUGUACGUGUGUGUGUCUCUUUACAGUCCCCUCUGUUCCAUAAGGUGUAUUUUGAACUGUAAAAAACAUUUAGAUCUGAUUGUACUGCUUGCAUCAGUUACCUGAUUUGGAAUAGAGUUCCAUGUAGUCAUGGCUCUAUGUAGUACUGUGCGCCUCCCAUAGUCUGGACUUGGGGAUUGUGAAGAGACCUCUGGUGGCAUAUCUUGUGGGUUAUGCAUGGGUGUCCGAUCUGUGUGCUUGUAGUUUAGACAAGACACCUCGGUACAUUCAGCUUGUUAAUCCUUCUUACAAAGACAAGUAGUGAUGAAGUAAAUCUCUCUUCCAUUUUGAGCCAUGAGAGAUUGACAUGCAUAUGAUUGUUAGCUCCCCGUGUACAUUUAAGGACCAGCUGUGCUGCCCUGUUCUGAGCCAAUUGUAAUUUUCCUAUGUCCCUUUUUGUGUCACCUGACCACACGACUGAACAGUAGUCCAGGGGCGACAAAACUAGGGCCUGUAGGACAUGCCUUGUUGAUAGUGUUGUUAAGAAGGCAGAGCAGCGCUUUAUUAUGGACAGACUUCUCCCCAUCUUAGCUGCUGUUGUAUCAAUAUGUUUUGACCAUGACAGUUUACAAUCCAGGGUUACUCCGAGCAGUUUAGUCACCUCAACUUGCUCAAUUUCGACAUUAUUCAUUACAAGAUUUAGUUGAGGUUUAGGGUUUAGUGAAUGAUUUGUCCCAAAUACAAUGCUUUUAGUUUUUGAAAUAUUUAGGACUAACUUAUUCCUUGCCACCCAUUCUGAAACUAACUGCAGCUCUUUAAGUGUUGCAGUCAUUUCAGUCGCUGUAGUAGCUGACGUGUGUAGUGUUGAGUCAUCCGCAUACAUAGACACACUGGCUUUACUCAAAGCCAGUGGCAUGUCGUUAGUAAACAGCUGCCCUGGGGAAUUCCUGAUUCUACCUGGAUUAUGUUGGAAAGGAUUCCAUUAAAGAGAUACAUAAUAUACUGUAAUAUACCUUGUUGUGUGACAACUGCACAUUUUUGUGGCCUUUUAUUGUCCCCAGCACAAGGUGCACCUGUGUAAUGAUCAUGCUGUUUUAAUCAGCUUCUUGAUAUGCCACACCUGUCAGGUGGAUGGAUUAUUUUGGCAAAGGUGAAAUGCUCACUAACAAUUUGUGCACAACAUUUGAGAGAAAUAAGCUUUUUGUGCGUAUGGAAAAGUUCUGGGAUCUUUUUAUUUCAGCUCAUGAAACAUGGGACCAGCACUUUACAUGUUGCGUUUUUAUAUUUUUUGUUCAGUAUAUUAACGUCUCGCCGGUCUCUAGACCAAGAGGCGAUGACUGUACAUGGGUAUACAUGUUGUUAACUAAAUUACUGAAUUCAUGCUAGAUGUUUUAAUAUACUAAGAAUUAAUAAAUAAUAGAUGCAACCAUAUGGGGAUGUCUGGGAAGUUGGACAUGCAUUCCCCAUAUUGAUAUCCUUGUCCAGCUGCUGAUGUGUCUGUGUUCUGGUCUUAUGUUCUAACCUUUAACCUCUCGCAUUACAGACAGUGAAGGCUCUGGAACAUCUGCACAGCAAUCUGUCAGUAAUCCACCGAGGUAAGAACAACCGCAGAGUUAAAUACAACAUUUUACAUUAGGUAUAGUAUGUAUGUCUCUAUAGGGUACACCUUUUGAAACAGUUUGCACUAGUGGUCCAUCCUUUAAAUCUGGAAGCUUUAGCGGUGAACCUGCCUCGUCCGUUUGCGAUAUUACAACAACAAAGACGUUACUUGAAACAACAUUUUACAUUCCAUUUUUACAGAUGUGUUUCGAGGGCUGUGUUGAGCGAGACAGAUACACUGCUUCAUAGUUAUGUUGCUGAGGCUAAGGAAACCACUUUAAAAGAUUAUACAUAAUAUACUAUAAUAUACCUUGUAAGUCUGUAUUGGACUAUCUGACUCCAAAAUCGGUGAUGACCCUGUUUCUCUUUCACUUCCAUCUCACGCCGCUCUCUCUCCACUAUUUCUCGGUUGUGGGUUGUUCGCUGGAAGAGAGCUCUUCAGAAGGAGAGAGGAGAAGAGGACAGGAGAGGAGAGAGAAGAGAGAGGAGAAGUCAGUCAGUAAGCAUUUUUUGACAUUGAGGUAUCGAAUUUCUCUACGCGUCAUCUCUAAGGCUGCUAUCGCAGAGUCUCUAUCUCGUGAUCGUAAGCAUCUGAGCCUAGCUCUAUCCUCUCUUCUCGCUCUACUCUCCUCUCCUCAUCUCUCUAUUCUCUUUAUCUCUCUCUCUCUCCUUCUCUCUUCUCUCUCUCUCCUCUCCUCCUCUCUCCUUCUCUCUCCCUUCUCCUCUUCUCUCUCUCUCUCUCUCUUUCUCUCUCUCUCCUUCUCCUUCUCUCUCUCUCUCUCUCUCUCCUACCUAAGAUGUGAAGCCAUCCAACAUAUUGAUCAACACCCAGGGCCAGGUGAAGAUGUGUGACUUUGGGAUCAGUGGUUACCUGGUGGACUCUCUGGCCAAGACCGUGGACGCAGGCUGCAAGCCCUACAUGGCGGUGAGUGGUUGUGUGGGUGGUUGUGGGUAGUAGGAGAGGUUUCUGGGUUUUAAAAUGGACAAAAAUAGAUCUAUAUCAGUGAAAUCUACUCAGUAAAAUCAAACAGUAAUGGAGUUAGGUUUAAGCUGGCUCAGUGAAUAACUGUUCAGAAGAGCGAUAUGAUACACAAAGUAUCUCAUACCCAUGCACAUUGAUAUGUUACUGCUACUCCCUGUAUAUGGCUCUACUCUUGUUUAUUUUAUUCCUCAUGUUACUAUUUUUUAUUUGUAUUGUAAUUUUUUUACUCUGCACCAUUGGGAAGGGAUCGUAAGCAAGCAUUUCACGGUCAAGUCCGUACCCGUUGUAUUCGGCGCAUGUGACAAAUAUAUAAUGUGAUUGGAUUUGUUAAUGCUAAUUAAUUCACAUACAAGUUUGACUGAGCUGAGCUGAGUUGGCCGCUUGCUCCCUAUGUUUAAGUGCUACAGGUCUCUAUGUUAUGUCAAUAGCCAUGCCCCCAAAGGGUCGAAAGCAUUCGUUUUUUUUCUCACCAAUGUAACAACACCGUGUGGUCAAAGACUUAGUAACUUAGUUGUAGUCACGAUCUGGUUUCCUAUAAGUACAAAUAUAGUUAUGUUUUUGGGUUGUUACAUAUUUAUGAACUUAUUUCCGAAUAUCUUCUAAUUUUUUUUAUUUAUUUCACCUUUAUUUAACCAGGUAAACCAGUUGAGAACAAGUUCUCAUUUACAACUGCGACCUGGCCAAGAUAAACAAAGCAGUGCGAUAAAACAACAACACAGAGUUACAUAUGGGGUAAAACAAAAACAAAAUCAAAAAAAUAUAUACAACAGAAUACAAUUAAUAUACAGUGUGCAAAUUUAGCAGUGUUGGCAGUGGUGAGCUACAAUCCACAUUUACAUUUACAUCAUUUAGCAGACGCUCUUAUCCAGAGCGACUUACAAAUUGGUGCAUUCACUUUAUGAUAGCCAGUGGGACAACCACCUUUUUUUAAAUUUAUUUUUUUAUGGGGGGUGGGGGAAGAAUGAUUACUUUAAACUAUUCCAGGUAUUCCUGAAAGAGGUAGGAUUUCAAGUGUCUCCGUAAGGUGGUCAGUGACUCCGCUGUCGUGGGGGAGCCUGUUCCACUAUUGGGGUGCCAGAGCACGAAUAGCUUUGACUGGGCUGAGCGGAAACUGUGCUUCCGUGGAAGUAGGGAAGCUAGCAGGCCAGAGGUGUAGUGCCCUCGUUUGGGUGUAGGGUCUGAUCAGAGCCAGAAGGUAAGGAGGUGCCGUUCCCCUCACAGCUCCGUAGGCAAGCACCAUGGUCUUGUAGUGUGCGGAGGAGCGGGGUGACAUGAGAGAACUUGCGAAGGUCGAACACCAGACGGGCUGCAGGCAGGGAGCCCAGCCAACAGCGAGUUGCAGUAAUCCAGACGGGUGAUGACAAGUGCCUGGAUUAGGACCUGUGCCGCUUCCUGUGUAAAGUAGGGUCCACCAAUCACGAGGAAGUGUGAUGUAAACAAGGAGCAGAUGGGGCGUGUGCGUCAAUGCAUCAUGCUCUUCACAGACUUUGUGGCUGUGUUAAUAUCUAGUGGGAACCUGUUAACUCUGGUACCUUCUUGCUGUGGGCUCAAAACGAAACAGAAAAUCAUACCUGCUCUAAUUGUGUAGAACCUCGUCUGUUCUCCUUUUAGUUUUGUCAACUUCUCGGCAUGUUCUCUGUGAAGUAGGCUACGGGAGUUUGGUAACUUUUUCCACCUUGGCUCAGUGCUAGCGCGCUAGCUGACGUACAUCUGGAAUCUUAUCUAUUUUGGAAUUCCCCGACUCUCCCUUGGCCCGGCGAAGCACCCGCCUCCCCCUCGCUUUGGUAGCUAACUCAGCCUGCACUCUUAAAGGUUUUAUCAUGGGAUCAAUCUGUUAAUCUGCUCUACAAUCUCAUUACAUUUUAGUUAGCUCUCUCUCUUUGCUUUUAAUCUGUGUUAAUGUUUUGUAAGUGUUAGUUGUUGUUCUAGCUGGUCUCCAGUAGUUGGGCUCUAGCUUGCUGACCGUAACCGUGGUGGUUGGCUAGGCUGGCUAGGCUAAUAGCUAGUUGGCUAAAUAUCUAAUGGCUGGCUGGCUAAGAUAACUGCAUAUAGCUAACAUUCUUUGAUAGCUGGUUAGAUGGUGUUAUGUAUUUCCAAAACGUUGGUUUACUUUAAUGUAGCAGUAAGUUGGGUGUUGAUAGCAACUGGCUGACUCAUGCACUGCUAACAUAACGUUUGCAGGCUAGCAGGGCUAACGUUAGCAGGCUAGUUGGCUAGCAACCUUGCAAGUUGAUUUGUAACAAUAAAUUCCUAAAGUAUUUGCUUGUAAUGAAAUUGAAACCAGUAGUCAUCAGUGCAAACAAUUUGGUUUCAGUUGAAGUUAUACAUUUGAUGUUAUAUCUGUUUACAUUAUGGGGAUUAGGCUGGCUUGCCGGGUCCUCCAUAUUACAUCACAUGUCGGAAAAACAUUUUCCGACAUGACUUCUGAUCGGUUUUAUGUAAGAACUUGAAAAAUAAAAAAAGUGAGAUGCUCUUUGCAUUGGGACUUUUGAUGCGUAUCCUAAUGCAAAUCCAUAUGUUAUGUUUAUGCUAGCUACCCUUUAAUAACCCCAGUGUGCCCAAACAGUGUGUCCACAGAGCCUUGGAUUGGCUGAGGCCGUUUUUAGGGCUAUGGUAGCACUCAGAGAACAGACUAGGGAUGUGUGUGUUCAAGAGGUACAGAUGACGGGGUGAGGUUGGGUCGUCUAGGACAACUAAUGUCAGUUAGCGAUGCUAAAGUGAUGUCACCCGUGUCUCCUUCUCUGUGUGUGUUUGUGUGUGUGUGUCAUUCUGUCCCCUAGCCGGAGAGGAUCAACCCAGAGACUAAUCAGAAAGGCUACAAUGUCAAGUCUGACAUCUGGAGUCUAGGAAUCACUAUGGUGAGUCUAUUUUAUAUAACAUUUUUAAAAAAAGUAUUAUUAUUUAUGCAGAUUAAUUUAUUAUAUCAAAAUUGUUAUGAUUAUCACACUAGUAGGCCUAUUAUAUUAUUUAUCAAUUAAACUAGCAACCUCUGAUAUCGUAAGGUCAGAUACAGUAACCACAGAUCAAUUAUUUUAUUUUAUUUUUCCUGAAUGAUGUCUUCACUAUAUAACCAGUACGUUGUGUACAUUGCUAGUAAUAGCCCUAAGUGGGCUGAUAAAGUUAUAUUGAAUUGAAAUGCAUUGUUGUGCAUAUACAGAUGAAGUCGGAAGUUUACAUACACUUAGGUUGGAGUCAUUAAAACUUUCAACCACUCCACAUUUUUCUUGUUAGCGAACUAUGGUUUUGGCAAGUCAGUUAGGACAUCUACUUUGUGCAUGACACAAGUAAUUUUUCCAACAAUUGUUUACUGACAGAUUAUACCACUUAUAAUUCACUGUAUCACAAUUCCAGUGGGUCAGAAGUUUACAUACACUAAGUUGACUGUGCCUUUAAAAACAGCUUGGAAAAUUCCAGAAAAUUAUUUCAUGGCUUUAGAAGCUUCUGAUAGGCUAAUUGACAUCAUUUGAGUCAAUUGGAGGUGUACCUGUGGAUGUAUUUCAAGGCCUACCUUCAGACUCAGCGCCUCUUUGCUUGACAUCAUGGGAAAAUCAAUAGAAAUCAGCCAAGACCUCAGAAAAACAAUUGUAGACCUCCACAAGUCUGGUUCAACUAAAUCCUUUGGAGCAAUUUCCAAACGCUUGUACAAACAAUAGUACGCAAGUAUAAACACCAUGGGACCACGCAGCCGUCAUACCGCUCAGGAAGGAGACGCGUUCUGUCUCCUAGAGAUGAACGUACUUUGGUGCGAAAAGUGCAAAUCAAUCCCAGAACAACAGCAAAGGACCUUGUGAAGAUGCUGGAGGAAACAGGUACAAAAGUAUCUAAAUCCACAGUAAAACGAAUCCUAUAUCGACAUAACUUGAAAGGCCGCUCAGCAAGGAAGAAGCCACUGCUCCAAAACCACCAUAAAAAAGCCAGACUACGGUUUGCAACUGUCCUCUGGUCUGAUGAAACAAAAAUAGAACUGUUUGGCCAUAAUGACCCUUGUUAUGUUUGGAGGAAAAAGGGGGUCGCUUGCAAGCCAAAGAACAACAUCCCAACCAUGAAGCACGGGGGUGGCAGCAUCAUGCUGUCGGGGUGCUUUGCUGCAGGAGGGACUGGUGCACUUCACAAAAUAGAUGGCAUCAUGAGGAAGGAAUAUUAUGUGGAUAUAUUGAAGCAACAUCUCAAGACAUCAGUCAGGAAGUUAAAGCUUGGUCGCAAAUGGGUCUUCCAAAUAGACAAUGACCCCAAGCAUACUUCCAACGUUGUGGCAAAAUGGCUUAAGGACAACAAAGUCAAGGUAUUGGAGUGGCCAUCACAAAGCCCUGACCUUAAUCCUAUAGAACAUUUGUGGGCAGAACUGAAAAAGCAUGUGCGAGCAAGGAGGCCUACAAACCUGACUCAGUUACAUCAUCUCUGUCAGGAGGAAUGGGCCAAAAUUCACCCAACUUAUUGUGGGAAGCUUGUGGAAGGCUACCCGAAACGUUUGACCCAAGUUAAACAAUUUAAAGGCAAUGCUACCAAAUACUAAUUGAGUGUAUGUAAACUUCUGACCCACUGGGAAUGUGAUGAAAGAAAUAAAAGCUGAAAUAAAUAAUUCUCUCUACUGUUCUUAAAAUAAAGUGGUGAUCCUAACUGACCUAAAACAGGGAAUUUUUACUAGAUUACAUGUCAGUAAUUGUGAAAAACUGUAGAACAUGUUCUUCAUGUUCAAGAAAAGCCCUGCCUUCUCUCAGUGAGAGAUGAUGACACACUACGUCUCUGCUCUAGACUAACUGGUGUCUAGACAUUUUAUUAGGAGAGCUGUUAAAUAUUCCUAGCUCUCAUUUGCACAUCCUAAACUGCGUCACACCCAAGAACAGUUGGGUUUCAAAAUAACAUUUGAUGAUGAUCCUCCAACUGCCUGUGGUAGUUUUCAGAAAUGUAACACUGUCUAGGGUCAUACACCACUCAAAUUCUGGCUUUUAUGUACAUAUUUAGUUUUGUGCAUUUUAUGUACAGUAAUACAAUGCUGCGUUCACAUAGCCUGACCUCUAUCGGUGCCCUGUCAUGUCCCGUGCCCUGUCAAAUACCUGUGCCCUGUCAUAUCCUGUGCCCCCAUCCUUUUCAGAUUGAGCUGGCCAUCCUGCGGUUCCCCUAUGACUCCUGGUGCACGCCCUUCCAGCAGCUGCGGCAGGUGGUGGAGGAUCAGUCGCCCCAGCUCCCUGCUGACCAGUUCUCCCCUGAGUUCGUUGACUUCACCUCCCUGUGGUAUGUUCUCCUCUCCCAUAAUGCUAGCCUGGUCCCAUAUCUGUUUGAGCUGUCUUUCCAACUCUAUGGUCAUUGUUAUGCUUGUUAUGACAGAGACAUUUGGAGUUGGCAAGACAUCAGAAACAGAUCUAGGACCAUGCUACCUAUACAUCAUCUAGUUAGUCCCUCCAGGCUACCUGUACAUCAUCUAGUUAGUCCCUCCAGGCUACCUAUACAUCAUCUAGUUAGUCCCUCCAGGCUACCUAUACAUCAUCUAGUUAGUCCCUCCAGGCUACCAUACAUAUCUAGUUAGUCCUCCGGCUACCUAUAACAUCAUUAGUUAGUCCCUCCGGCACCGAUACAUCAUCUAGUUAGUCCCUCCAGGAUACCUGUACAUCAUCUAGUUAGUCCUACAGGUACUGUCCAUCAUCCAGGUAGCCCUCCAGGCUACCUGCUAUCAUCUAGUUAGUCCCUCCAGGUACAUGUUACAUCAUUCGAGGUAGUCCCUCCAGGCACCUGUACAUCAUCAGUUAGUCCUCCAGCUACCCUAUACAUCAUCUAGUAGGUCCCUCCAGGUACCUAUACAUCAUCAGUUAGUCCCUCCAGGCUACUAUAACAUCAUCUAGUUAGUCCCUCCAGGCUACCUGUACAUCAUCUAGUUAGUCCCUCCAGGCUACCUGUACAUCAUCUAGUUAGUCCCUCCAGCUACCGUACAUCAUCUAGUAGUCCCUCAGGCUACCUAUCAUCAUCUAGUUAGUCCCUCCAGGCUACCUGUACAUCAUCUAGUUAGUCCCUCCAGGCUACCUAUACAUCAUCUAGUUAGUUCCUCCAGGCUACCUGUACAUCAUCUAGUUAGUCCCUCCAGGCUACCUAUACAUCAUCUAGUUAGUCCCUCCAGGCUACCUAUACAUCAUCUAGUUAGUCCCUCCAGGCUACCUGUACAUCAUCUAGUUAGUCCCUCCAGGCUACCUGUACAUCAUCUAGUUAGUCCCUCCAGGCUACCUGUACAUCAUCUAGUUAGUCCCUCCAGGCUACCUGAAUCAUCUAGUUAGUCCUCCAGGCUACCUUACAUAUCUAGUUAGCCCUCCAGGCAUUCCUAUACAUAUCUAGUUAGUCCCCAGGCUUACUAUAACAUCUAGUUUAGUCCCGGUACCAGCUACCUGUAUGCCAUGAGUUAGUCCCUCCAGGCUACCUGUACAUCAUUAGUUAGUCCCUCCAGCUACCUGUACAUAUCUAGUUAGUCCUCCAGCUACCGUACAUCAUCUGUUUCCCUCAAGCUACCUGUACUCAUUCUAGUUAGUCCCUCCAGGCUACCUAUACUCAUCUAGUUAGUCCCCAGGCUAAUGUACAUCAUUAGUUAGUCCUCCAGCUACUGACAUCAUCUAGUUAGUCCCUCCAGGCUACCAUGUACAUAUCUAGUUAGUCCCUCAGGCUACCUGUAAUCGAUCAGUUAGUCCUCAGGCUACCUUACAUCACUAGUUAUCCCUCAAGUACUAUACAAUUAGUUAGACAUCCAGGCUACUAUAAUCAUCAGUUAGCCCUCAGGCUACCUAUACAUCAUUAGUUAGUCCUCCAGGCUACUAUACAUCAUCUAGUUGGGCCCUCCAGGCUACCUAUACAUCAUCUAGUUACCCUCCAGACUAAUUCAUCUCUAGUUAGCUUGCAUGAGACUACCACAUCAAUUUAGUCCUCAGGCACCUGGAACCAUCUAGAGAGCUUAGUGAGACCACAGACAAUUUCUCUUGACAAUUUUUCCCCCGUGGUUGUAAUAACCACAAGCCCUUUAUGACCAGGACAGAAUGCUAUGCCUGGGUUCCACAAGCUACCCUCUGUCUUAAUAUUCUCUCUCACCAGCCUGUUAUGUCCACUGUUAGGUCUUCACACCCAAUACUUCAUAUCUACCGUAUUUUCCGCACUAUAAGGCGCACCGGAGUAUAAGCCGCAGCAGCUAAAUUGAAUGAUAUUGAAUGCUGUGUUCAUAUACAGUGGGGAAAAAAAGUAUUUAGUCAGCCACCAAUUGUGCAAGUUCUCCCACUUAAAAAGAUGAGAGAGGCCUGUAAUUUUCAUCAUAGGUACACAUCAAUUAUGACAGACAAAUUGGAGAAAAAAAAUCCAGAAAAUCACAUUGUAGGAUUUUUUAUGAAUUUAUUUGCAAAUUAUGGUGGAAAAUAAGUAUUUGGUCACCUACAAACAAGCAAGAUUUCUGGCUCUCACAGACCUGUAACUUCUUCUUUAAGAGGCUCCUCUGUCCUCCACUCGUUACCUGUAUUAAUGGCACCUGUUUGAACUUGUUAUCAGUAUAAAAGACACCUGUCCACAUCCUCAAACAGUCACACUCCAAACUCCACUUUGGCCAAGACCAAAGAGCUGUCAAAGGACACCAGAAACAAAAUUGUAGACCUGCACCAGGCUGGGAAGACUGAAUCUGCAAUAGGUAAGCAGCUUGGUUUGAAGAAAUCAACUGUGGGAGCAAUUAUUAGGAAAUGGAAGACAUAAAAGACCACUGAUAAUCUCCCUCGAUCUGGGGCUCCACGCAAGAUCUCACCCCGUGGGGUCAAAAUGAUCACAAGAACGGUGAGCAAAAAUCCCAGAACCACACGGGGGGACCUAGUGAAUGACCUGCAGAGAGCUGGGACCAAAGUAACAAAGCCUACCAUCAGUAACACACUACGCCGCCAGGGACUCAAAUCCUGCAGUGCAGGACGUGUACCCCUGCUUAAGCCAGUACAUGUCCAGGCCCGUCUGAAGUUUGCAUGAAGUGUGCAUUUGGAUGAUCCAGAAGAGGAUUGGGAGAAUGUCAUAUGGUCAGAUGAAACCAAAAUAUAACUUUUUGGUAAAAACUCAACUCGUCGUGUUUGGAGGACAAAGAAUGCUGAGUUGCAUCCAAAGAACACCAUACCUACUGUGAAGCAUGGGGGUGGAAACAUCAUGCUUUGGGGCUGUUUUUCUGCAAAGGGACCAGGACGACUGAUCCGUGUAAAGGAAAGAAUGAAUGGGGUCAUGUAUCGUGAGAUUUUGAGUGAAAACCUCCUUCCAUCAGCAAGGGCAUUGAAGAUGAAACGUGGCUGGGUCUUUCAGCAUGACAAUGAUCCCAAACACACUGCCCGGGCAACGAAGGAGUGGCUUCGUAAGAAGCAUUUGAAGGUCCUGGAGUGGCCUAGCCAGUCUCCAGAUCUCAACCCCAUAGAAAAUCUUUGGAGGGAGUUGAAAGUCUGUGUUGCCCAGUGACAGCCCCAAAACAUCACUGCUCUAGAGGAGAUCUGCAUGGAGGAAUGGGCCAAAAUACCAGCAACAGUGUGUGAAAACCUUGUGAAGACUUACAGAAAACGUUUGACCUGUGUCAUUGCCAACAAAGGGUGUAUAACAAAGUAUUGAGAAACUUGUGUUAUUGACCAAAUACUUAUUUUCCACCAUAAUUUGCAAAUAAAUUCAUAAAAAAUCCUACAAUGUGAUUUUCUGGAUUUUUUUUUCUAAUUUUGUCUGUCAUAGUUGACGUGUACCUAUGAUGAAAAUUACAGGCCUCUCUCAUCUUUUUAAGGGGAGAACUUGCACAAUUGGUGGCUGACUAAAUACUUUUUUUCCCCACUGUAUAAGCCGCACUGGACUAUAAGCCGCAGGUGUUUUAAUGUUUAAUUACCAUAUGUAAGGAUUCGUGCACAGAGGGGAUUGUCGGGAAAGAGAUGGAUUGUGCAUGAAAACGUCCUUUGCACAAACUGUCUCGCUCUCGUAAUGUCUGUCUGUCUGUCUCUCGUACCACUCUCAGUUCCACUUUUACUUUUGCGCGUUACCUGUCUCACUCUUUUCCGGCCUCCAGCUUUUCCUGCUGGAGCCCGCCGCUUAAAGGUGGGGGGCGCGGACCGGUCAUAGAGCCCAUAGAGUUAAAGUUGGUGGACUGUAACCUGUAAAAUCCAUAGAUUUAGGAGGUCUUCUAGUGGCCGUUAGCUGUAAAAAUCCAUAGAUUAGCCGCACCGUUAUAUAAGCCGCAGGGUCGAAAAAUGGGAAAAAAGGCGCGGCUUAUAGUUACGGUACUCAUGUUGUGUUUUUCCCUUCCCGUAACCCUGAAUUGUUAUGAAUUUGUUUAGCAUGUAGGCCUACGGUACAGAGAGAUAAAUGUCAUUUUCCCCAACAUUUUUAACCUUGCUCAUCGGUUAUCUAGGUCUGUUGUGUUGUACAGUGUAGGCCCUAGUUUUACGGUCUUACGUCUGUCCAAAAUGGAACCUAUUACCUACAGUAUGUGGUGCGCUAUCUUUGGCCAGUGCUAACGUCUCUUUGGUAAUUUGGUCACAUACUGCUCAUUGCGUAUCCACAUUUUAAGUACCAUCUUUAAGUCCCGGCAUUGCUCAUGCGUGCAGGUAUUCAUCAUUCAUCUCUUACCAGGAUGUUUAUGCCAUGUUUAGCUGGGCUCUGUCAUCAUUUACCAGUAGAGCUGUGGUUCAUUCAGCCAGGUCAGAUGUUAAAGCAGGGCUUUCCAGCAGUGGAUCAACAGCAUUGUUUUAUACUCCGGUGACUCAACUGUUUAUCUGACCAUUAGGAAAUUGGAACACCUGUGCAAACCUCUCCUCUGGCUUGAUUGGAGACUGUCCUUCUGUGAAAGAGGGGUCUAUAAACAUGUAAAAGGGGGCAGUGGGGAUACUCGUACCUCACCCCACAAUGUCAGGCAUACACAUACAUACUAGAGCCCUGCACAGGCAUGAAUUUUAAGCCUUACCCAAAGUUCAGGCCCUACCCCAGCCAUGCCCACAAAGUUCAGGCCCUACCCCAGCCAUGCCCACAAAGUUCAGGCCCUACCCCAGCCAUGCCCACAAAGUUCAGGCCCUACCCCAGCCAUGCCCACAAAGUUCAGGCCCUACCCCAUUCAUGCCCACAAAGUUCAGGCCCUACCCCAGCCAUGCUCACAAAGUUCAGGCCCUACCCCAGCCAUGCUCACAAAGUUCAGGCCCGAGCCCUACCCAGGCCUUAUUACUUCUGCCAAAUGAAAGGAAAUCAGAAUAACCCUCGUAGGACCUAGCUGCUGGCUCUGCCUGUCCCUCGCCCCGCACUGCUCGCUCUCAGAGUGUUAGUAUCCAAGCACUCGCCCCUCGCGCUCGCGCUGCUACAAGUUGGUGAGCAGCCAUAGCCCUCGCCCUCCCAGCCUGCUCCGCAUCGGAGUGUUGAGUAUCCAUAGCAACUCGCUCCUGCAUGCUCGCGCUGCAUCGAGUGUGUGAGUUCCAGCAACUCGUCCCUGCAUGCUCGCGCUGCUACGAAGGUUGCGUAGCCCAUAGCAACUCGCUCCCUGCACUGCUCGCGCGCCCAGUCAGAGUGGUGAGUUCCAUAGCAACCGCUCCCUGCGCGCUGCGCUCUAGUCAAGUGUGUGAGUCCAACAAUCGCUCCUGCGCUGCGCGCGCUAGCAGAUUGAGUUCCAGCACUCGCUCCCUGCACGCUCGCGCUGCUAGUCAAGGUGUAGUAUCCAAAGCAACUCGCCCCGCACUGAUCGCCUGCUAGUCAGAGUGUGUGAGUCCAUACCUCGCUCCCUGCACUGCUCGCGCCGCUGCUCAGAUUGUAGUAUCCAUAGCACCGCCCUGCAUCUCGCCUGCAUCAAGUGUAGUAUCCAUAGCAAUCGCUCCCUGCACUGCUCGCCUGCUAUCAAGUGUGUGAGUAUCCAUGCCCAAUCGUCCCGCCUGCUCGCGCUGCUAGUCAAGUUGAGUACCCCUAGCAACUCGCUCCCUCGCUGCUCCGCUGCUAGUCAGAGGUGUAUAUCAUAGACUCGCUCCCUCACUGCUCGCGCUGCUAGUUCAGGUGUGAGAUCCCAUAGCAACUCGCUCCCUGCACUGCUCGCCUGCUAGUCAGAGUGUGUGAGUAUCCAUAGCAACUCAGCCCUGCGCUGUCCGCGCUAGUCAAGUGUGUGAGUAUCCAUAGCACUCGCUCCUGCGCUGCUCGCGCUGCUAGUCAGAGUGUGUGAGUAUCCAUAGCAACUCGCUCCCUGCACUGCUCGCGCUGCUAGUCAGAGUGUGUGAGUAUCCAUAGCAACUCGCUCCCUGCGCUGCUCGCGCUGCUAGUCAGAGUGUGUGAGUAUCCAUAGCAACUCGCUCCCUGCGCUGCUCGCGCUGCUAGUCAGAGUGUGUGAGUAUCCAUAGCAACUCGCUCCCUGCACUGCUCGCGCUGCUAGUCAGAGUGUGUGAGUAUCCAUAGCAACCGCUCCCUGCGCUGCUCGCGCUGCUAGUCAGAGUGUGUGAGUAUCCAUAGCAACUCGCUCCCUGCGCUGCUCGCGCUGCUAGUCAGGAGUGUGUGAGUAUCCAUAGCAACUCGCUCCCUGCGCUGCUCGCGCUGCUAGUCGGAGUGUGUGGAGUAUACCAUAGCAACUCCGCUCACUGCGCUGCUCGCGCUUGCUAGUUCAGAGUUGGGUGGUAUUCCAAUAGCAACUCGCUCCCUGCGGCUGCUCGCGCUUGCGAGUCAGAGUGUGUGAGUAUCCAUAGCAACCUAGCUCCCUGCGCUGCUCGCGCUGCUAGUCAGGUGUUGUGAGUAUCCAUAGCACUCGGCUACCUGCACUGCUCGCGCUGCUAGUCGGUUGAUGUGGUGUGAGUAUCCAUAGCAAUGGCUCCAUUUCUUGGGCUGCUCAAUGACGAGACUUGAGAGAGCAGUUAGCUGUUAGAUCAUUUUCGUCACUCUAAACUCCAACAACUCAAGGAAAGUUAUUUUUUUGGGGUGAAAUAAUCUCUCCUGUCGACUCGGAUAACGUUCUGAUCUUAUAUUUGACGAGAUUGAAGAACUUCUGACACCAUGUUAUGAUCUUAGUCAGAUAUGACUGUACAAGCAAAUGGCUCCGCUUCAAAAUGUUAGUGAUCAAUUUGGUGAUACCCAAGCCCUACCCUGUACCCUUGAUGAACGAACAGGCCUUAAUGUCAGGGUCGGGACGGGUCCCUCCAGGUUUUUUACAACCAGAGUUUUACAACCAGAGUUUCAAGCAUGGUUUAGUCACAGCUGCACAACAGAGUUCUUAAAGGGGCAAUGGCGUCUUAAAAGGGAAAUUACAUACUUUGUAAUAGAAUCCCCAAAAUUAAAAUUUGAGUGAAUAAUUAUAUAUUCAUAUUUAUAAAGCAGUUGUUAUUAGGAUGUGUCCAAUGGGGUAAAUGCAGAUGGAUAAACCCCAACUAUGCUGCACAUUAGGCUAAAGGUGAUAAUUCUUAUUGCUAAUAGCACAUCUGAUAAUAUAGGCCAUACACAGGCUAUAUUUUGUACAUUUUAUAUGCAUGUUCCAAUAUGUUAAAAUAAUUUUACCAUCAUUUUUAGCAGUAUGUUAUUGGGCCCAUCUCUGGAGGUGGAAGUUGUAUUUUAGAUGGUGUCAUUCUUAUGUUAAUACAUUUUGAGGUAGAAUGUCCUUUUAAAAAGUCACCAGAACUGAGCUUUUCAGUCCUUCUACAUUCAAAUUAUCUCCGGGAGGACCCCGGACCCUCUAAGCAAGGGGACUGGAAUUGGGCAAUCUUGCAGUUUAAUACAUGUACAAAAUUAGCCUCUUUCCCUAAAAGCAUGAUGGUCAUGACUUUCUUACAUGAAAGGGGAGGUUAACUUGGCCCCAGACAAUCAAUCUGAGAUCAACUUAAGUUUCAGUCAUGUUUUUUUUUGUUGCUUUAACCCCUGAGCUACUUUACUCUCACAUGGCAGAAGGGAGGAUAGAUCACAGGCUGAACACUUUACUACUAUCUUCUCUCUCUCUCUCUCUCUCUCUCAUUUCUUCUCAACUCUUCUUUUCAACCCCGUUAACAGUUCCAUGUCCGCUUGCAGCUGAUGCAAUCAUUCAGUCUGCCUUGAAUAGGGAGUGGGAGACUCGUUACCACAUAUUACUUAUCUAAUCUUUUAUCUCAUUGGCCAUUUCAUUCUCAGCUUAAAGAAAAAUUCCAAAGAGCGGCCAAACUACCCAGAACUCAUGGUGAGUGUGUUUUGAACUUAGAUCUCCCAUUAUGUAGACACACAUUUAUUUAUUUUUUUUACUCUUAAGAAAUGCUCAAUAAUAAGUGUCCUCUUGCAUUUACCAUCAGUUCACCACUAGAUGGCAGACUUAGUCCAGUGAUACAUCAUGUUUUGUGAUCAUCUCCCCACUUAAUUUAUAUUUUUUAUUCAAUCUACGCUAUUGAUUAUAUAUCAAACUGUUGUUGAGGAUAUUAUUUUAAUGUUAUAUUUGAUUAAAUCAUUUAAAUUGUCUUCUUGUCUUCUUCUCUUCUCUCCAUCCCAGCAACAUCCCUUCUUCAUCUCCCAUGACUCCAAAGACACUGACGUGGCUAGCUUUGUCAAGGUCAUCCUCGGGGACUGA